AAUUGCUGGUUGGCUAUAGAUAGUCAGUGCACCUCCUCGCGCCCCACCGGCCGUCGGUCGUCUCGAGCGCUGCUGAAGAAGACGCUGAAGCAUGAGCCAGACCCGGUCUUCUUCUUCUCCUCCUCCUAAGACAGCAGACAGCAGAGGCACAAAGUCCAGCAUCUCCUCUUCAUCAGCAAGGUGAGGAAGAGGAGGAGGAGGAUCAGAGAGGAAGAGGAGGCAGACAGCAGCGGCAGCGGCGGUGUCUUGGCGCAUUGGAGCUUAUGGAUUAUUGAGAAGUGGAGGCCGAACCGCGGAUCAAAUAUUCAUCAGACUUUUUAAAGAAGAAACACAUAGAGCAGAGAGAGAGGGAGAGAAAGAGAGAGAGAGAGAAGGAGAGAGAGAGAGAAAGAGAGAGAGAGAGAGAGAGAGAGAGCACCUGCAGUGAUUCACCUGCCCGGGCCACGCGCCCCACUGACCACAGACCACCACAGACUACCCUAGACCACCUCAGACCUCAGACCACAGACCCACAGCUGCUGCUGCUGCUGCUGCCGGAGGAGGAUUCUGCACCCAGUCUGUGUGUGUGUGUGUGUGUGUGUGUGUGUGUGUGUGUGUGUGUGUGUGUGUGUGUGUGUGUGUGUGUUUGGAAAGAAGCCCCCUGCUGCAGUACUUGCCUGCUGAACGGAAACAGGGAUGCCACCGACUUUCUGACGGACUCCCAGUUCAUCUGCACCCCCGCCCCUCCACCCCUCUUCCUCCUCCUCCCCCCUCCCGGACGGACGGACGCACCGACCCCCUGCCAUCCUCACUAAUAUGCAAUGGUUUUUUGUGCAGAAGCCGACAGCUGCCGCGUACCGCCGACUUCACGCUAGCGCCGCCGCAUGCCUGUCCGCCGCUGCCGCUCCUCUCCCCGCGCCGCGCGGCAGACGACGCAGUUUGAAGAGGGGCGCUCGGGGGCUUUUCACGUCGCGGCGGCCGGGCGGCAGCAGCAGCAGCGACCCUUCCUCCACCGCUGAGGAGCACUGGCCGCUGGAGCAGCCCGAGGCGGACAUCGCGGAGAAAAGCACCGCAGCGGUUGCUCUUUUCCUGCCGCACGAGGACGACAACGACGCGGAAUACGUGCGGCUGCUGGUCUCUGGGCUCGUGGGGGAACCGGGCGAGAAACCGGGCGACGAGCCGGACUUCCUGCUCUUAUUCUUGUCUAUGGUGCAGAUUGGGGGGCCGAAGCACCGCCGAACUGAGCCCAACAGCUGGCCGGCUCUGCUGGCAUGCAAACAGGGGGGCGGAUCAGCCCCCAUGCGAUGGGUGAAUUUUAGGCUGCCGCAUCCGGAGCGCCUCUCGUCCCCCACCUCCUCUUCCUCCACCACCUCCUGUUCCUCCUCCUCCCCCGUCUCGGCCAAAUCCAUGCGGUUUAUUUGGAACAACAUUUUCAGCAAAGGAUCGCAUAUGCUGCAGUGUCUUUGUGGCAGGAGCCUCAAGAAAAACAAGAACCCAACUGGUGAGUUUCUUUUCUUUUAUUAUGUCUUUUUUUUGCGCGUCUGUGCGUCUUUGUGUGGGUGUGAUACAAAGACUUUAUUGCGUGUGUGCGUGGAUUCCCUCCGCACUGGUGUUUCUCUGCAAUCGCAGUUGUGCAGCAAGUGUGUGCACUACAGGGAGGGGAGGGGAGAGGGGUAUGAUUGGGGGGGAGGUGGGCUGAAGAAGAAGAAGAAGAAGAAGAAGAAGAGGAGGAGGAGGGUGUGUGUGGGGGGGUCAUAACUUAUUAGCACAGAAACUGACUACAGUGAGAAAAAACAAGAGUGCGUGUGGUCGAGAUGCUGCAGAAAAUCAAGUCUAAUGCAGCAUGCAGACCCGUUCAGGCUCCACUAACCUGCAUGAUUAAACAGCACAUGGCCUUAUUUAGACUUCCACUGUGGAGCUCUGACUGGAGAGCAGGACACUCCGGGGUUUUUCUUAUGGCUGCAGACAUUUUUCAGACCGUGAGGACACUCAGACUCGCUCCCUUUUCUGAUAAACAUGUCAUGCAGGGCAACUUUUUCACCCAGAUCAUGACUGGCAGUCUCUUGAGCAACAUGUCAGUCUGCUUAAACUGGAUUUAGACACAUGUUGGUAGUUAAUUCAACUCGCUUUUCAUGCCUUGCAGAUCAGAAUAUACUUCCCCAGCAGUUUUUUAUCAGCUCAGAAGUUUGAUUUGUUUUCCUUCCAGCCACCCCCACUUGUUUUUUUCCCAGCUCUCAUAUAGAGACUGCACUUUUAUUAGAUCUAAAGGCUUCAUUAAAGGUUCGGCCCAGCUUGAUGGUUUGCAUUAUUCCCUCCUCCGCUCUGAGCGAGGGCAGGGCAGAGAUUGAUAUUUGCAUUGCAUCAGGAAGUGCACAUUGUUGACAUUAUUGGCGUAUUGACACUGCACCAGCAGAGUUGGCCACAGUGCUCCGAGGGCAACAGGAGGCAACUUUUUCAAAGUCACAUAUCAUGUUUUAAUGUGCAAAUGAAGCCGAACCACUCGGUGUGUUAGGACCUGGUUGUUUAUGGAUAAUCUGACUGGAUUAAAGCUCUCAGGCUGGAUUAUAAUCAGACAUUUUCAGCUCUUUUAGUCGUAAAUAAAGACUGUAAAGACAAAAACAACUCAAGCUUGCAUCUCUUCAAGAAACUUUGCAUGUUUUGCAGAAUAUCACAUAUGAAGACUUUCUGCUUUAUUGAAGUUAUUGAUGCAUUGUGCUCUCGCUUAAAGUUGCAAUCCCAGUUUGGAAGUUGCAUUCACAGGCAAGUCUGUAGCUUGGAGUUAUGUUAUGCCAUGCAGAAGCAAUAUUUGGAGUGUUAAAUGGGUCCAAACUCUUCAGGGGACACAAAUACAUGUUUUAUUUUGAAUUAUUAAAUGUUAUAAGGAACUUUUUUAACCAUUUCUUUGUUAAGUUUGUUCAAGUUUGUUCAAUUUAGGGGAGCAUUUAAUACGUUUGAAAUUUUAUACAGUUUCGUAAAAUGUUUUUGUGAUUAAUUAGAAACUUUAGUCUUCUGAAAUGUUUUUUGUGUCAUGAAUUGUAUGUGCUGGUGGCCUCCUGGGCCACCAUAAAUUAUAUUUGCCUUUUAACUUUACAUCAAGUUGGAAAAACAAGAUAACAAAUAUUUUCACCAUUCGGGAGUUAACCUGAAAUGGUUAAUUUAGUAGAAAUCUGGCUUUUCAUAUGUAAUAUGUGACAUAAAAGUUUUUUUUUUUGCAAAGAUACAGCCAACAUUUGUAGAUCUGGUGUCUUAACAGUUGUAAAUAUGUCUUAAUAUGGCUGAAUAUUAAGGGUUUGGAGCAUCAGUGUCUAUAUGUUUGCAGCGUUUAAACAAAUGUUUGCAAAAGUAGGAGUUCUUGGAGGUGACAGCAAGGACCUACAGGUGACCAAAACCAUGCACCUUCCACAGUUUCUUUGUUGCUCUUACUUUGGUGCUUUGAUUGAAAAGCCUCUGCAAAAGUUUCACAGGGAAAAAAAAGUGCUGAAAAGUUUCUGUCCUGCAGAUUUCUCUGCAUGCUGACUCUUCAGCGUUUUCUGUGUUUCCCUGAACUUUAACUGUUAUCUGUUCAUGCAAAGUAAAUAUUUGCAAACAGUCAGCAGUGAAUUUUCUGAUGGUUGUGAUGAGGUCAAAGACUUAAAUGCUGUGUCUUCUUUUUAGCCCUGAAUGCUGAAGAGUUGUUUUUUUUUGAGUGAUUACAAAGCACUGUCCUUCUGCUUUGGUGCUGAUGUGUAAAAAGGACAAACAGGUUUCGAAACAACCUCACAUGCAGAUAUAAAAGAGAGCCGGGGUUUGAAUCCAAGCUCUCUUCCCUGAGAAAUAAUGUUGUGAUUUAUGCACAAAUGUUUCAGCUUUUUUUGUGCUAUUUCUGUUUGAAGAGGAAUCUGUGAGAAAAGCUGCAGCAGGGAGUCUCCAGCUCUAAAGAUAAACCUCUAAUCUGGCAGAUUAAAGGUGAAAACAAGGGAAACAGGAUCAAUAUUGAUGUGCUGGCACAGGUGAAAGGACUCAUUUGCUUCACAGAGCUGAACAGUUGUACUCAAAUGUUCAGUUUUUUUUCAGCGCCUGCCAACACCAAACCACAGUUUGUGAUUUUAAUGUCCUCUGAGCGCUCUGUCUGCGCUUUAUUCCUUUUUAUUGUGCUCUGCUUUGUUUGUUUCAUGAGUCGGCUCAAAGCUAGCAGGCUGGCUUAUUAGAGGAUGUGUGCAAGUCUGUGAUAUACAUGCAGGAAGAUAAACAAUGCAGAGUGUAACCGUUUAAUUCAUAGUUUCACUGCAAACUCACUUUGGUGUUUGUGUUAUUUCUAAAGAACAUGAGAAAAAUCUGUUCAUUAAGGCUGAAUAAAUCGAAAAUGUCAAUGUCUCGAAUAAAGACUGUAGAUAUACUGUAGGCUACUACUCUUCACGUCGACAGGAAGACUGACUGAUCAAACUCAGACCAGAAAAGCAUUUUCAAUAGGAGGUUUUCAGUCAAGUGAUCCUGACUCAGCGCGAUAACCAAAUGGAGGGCAGGAAGCGACUGACUGCAAUGGAGGAGAUGCGGUAAAGCUCGUAUUGCGCCGGUUUAGAUGCUUGCUGGUAUUUAGCCUUAGAUGGAGUUUACCACCCGCUUUGGGCUGCAUUCCCAAACAACCCGACUCCAAGAAGACCGGACCUGGGCGUGACGGGGGCCGCUACCAUUAAAAAGCCAUUUUUCUGGCGUUUUUCAUUCAGCUUCUUAUAUCUUUCCCCUUUGUGUAACACUACUUUGGGCACAUGAUAAAAGCUCUUGUUUUUUUCCCUGUUUGAUCGAUUCGAGCAGCCGUAAACGGAGCAAAACAUCGGCAUGUUGCUGGUCUCUAUAGCAGCAACUCACUUCCUGCCCUCCAUCUGUAUUGCGCGCAUGCCGCGUUACACGGAAGUGACGUCAAGUGAAAACCUCCUAUUAAGCUUCGUUUUAACCUUUUUUGUACCCAUAAGGUGCAAAAAGUCAGGGCUGGGCGAUAAACCAAAAGUUUAUAGAUACCGAAAUUAACGACAGUAACCUUGUGGAGCAGUUAUCGUCCAUUUAACUGCUCAAUAUAUCAUGAUAUUGAUUUGAAGCCGUAUCACCCAGCCCUACAAAAAGUCCUCUUCAGAGACAAAGCAAGCAUGUACUAACUCACAAUUUCACUCAUUCAUGAUAGAACAGAGAUGAAAUGACACCUGGGAGCGAGUUCAGGCAGACAGCUGGAGUUGCUCUGAUCACAACCAGCUUAUUAAGAUUUCCUCCCAAAUUUGUGACCUAUUUAAGCGGCAAGAUUUAUUUUUUCCCCUUGGCUUUGUGAGCGUCUCUGCUGCGCUGUACUCCAACGUUUAGAUAUUAUCUCAUCUCUUCUUUAUUUCUCAAUGUAAAAUAAAUCUUUGAGGAGAAAUGAAGUCAGAGCUGAGACGGAAAAGAACUUUCAACACCACAUCCUGGACUAACGAGAGUUCAUGUGAUGAAGUUAAUUCAGACUAAACAAAUCCCAGUCAGAUCCAGAGUCCAUUCUUUAUUCUGUGUGCAGAUUUGUAGCUGCCUGCACCAUUUAGACGUCACACUUUUUAAUUAAAGAAAAUGUAUCUCCCUCCUUGCGUGUGUGAAGUGUUUAUAUGUGAGCUUCUGCAACACUUGGUGGAGAUAUAUGGACCUGCUGGGUUUUGCUGGCUCAGCCUCUGUCUGCGUUUUUCCUCUGAAGUGCGCUCUUUAGUGGAAGUCCACAGGGACGAGAGAAAUAUAGCUUUGUUUAGCGUGAACAGAUGAGAGCAUGUGUGAGUAUGUAAGGGUUGAAUUUGCUCAGUCUGGGUUCAUCCAAAAAGAGCCACAGAGCCUGUCUGCUCUGGUUGGAGGUCGUUUCAUUUUUCUUGGUCACUCACUGGCCAACCUUUAGUGGAUUUAUAACUUUACAUGAACCCAGCUGACAACAUUUGUGCAUGUUUAACUGUAAUAAAAGAACUGAAGGAUGCUAAAAUAACUGUUAUAAAGAUCCUCAACAUCUGAUGGAAUUACUUGAACCGCUGUAUCCAAAAAGUGGAUUUCCAAAUCCGUCUCAUUCUGGUUCAGAUUCAAACUUUUAAGUCCCUGGAUCCUGACCGGGUCCCGCUGGUCUGAAGUAAUUUUCAGUUUAAAGGACCUCCCUCUGUGUGAAUGGAGUUCAGGUUCUGUUCAUGGGACCGGGCAUCAGUUUCAUUCAUUGUUAAAGGAAGAAGGAACAACGUUACUCAGUGUCUUUGUCCCCGUGUGGCGUGACCCAGAUUGAGACUUUCACCGUUCAUAGCACACAUAGGCACACACACACACACACACACACUCUCACACACUCUCACACACUCACACACACACACACACUACUCACCUUCUCCUGAGGGCUGCCGUUAAGGAGUCGUACUUUAUAUUUUAUUCAAACCCUGGAGUAUAGAUGUGGGGUUCAUGCCAACUCCUAUCUGUCUCUGUUUGUCAAAUACACACACACAUACACACACAUGCACAUGCACACAUCAUGCAUUUAUUAUUUCACUGAAUAUAUUUAGAUUUUAUUUCCGUUUCCAUCCUGUCAAGAAUCUAAUUAUACUGAAACCAGCCAUCGAAUGCAUGUCGUAAUUCAUGUUUUCCUGCAGUGUGCAGAAACUAACUGUGUGUGUGUUUGUGCAUAUGUGUGUGUGUUUUUGUGCGUGCUGCUACAGUGUGUGAAGGUGAUGAGUUGACAAAAAAGUGACACACAUCAACGUGAUGUCUGUCCUCUAAGGUCACAUGGAGGGUGCUGCUGCAGCGCUCUAAUGUGCUGCCUUAACUUUAACUUUACUUUACUGUACGUGUGUGUGUGCGUGUGUGUGUGUGUGUGUGUGUGUGUGUGUGUGUGUGUGUGUGUGUGUGUGUGUGUGUGUGUGUGCGUGCGUGCGCGUGUGUGUGUGUGAAUUCAUUAGCUCGUGGCCUCAUUGUCCAAACACUCUGACUCUGCAGAAAGACUUUAUGACUUUGUCUGCUUUCACUGAACUCUCAUGUACGUCACACACACGUCUCUGACACGCUCAGAGCUGUCAGCCCGUCACACACUCUGCAGACACACACAGGUCAUUUAUAUAAUCGGACCAGAACAAACCAAACUCAAAUGAACUUUGCAGGUGAGGAAGCGCUCUCUUAUGUAAUAUUCAGAGUCCUAAAUGUGUUGAAGAUCACUCCUGUGUCAGAAAGUUCACUGUCGUUUAUGUAACGGUAGAGACUCAAAAUCCACUCGCAGAUUUUUGGAUAUAAACUCUGAAUUUCUGCGACUUUCAGAAGCUUCUCUUGGUGAUGCACAGUCUUUUUGCCUCCCGGAAAGUCGCAAAAUCGCAUCAUGCUUGAUGUGUAUAGUCAGGCGCGUCAAAAUUCUCUUCAGAAUAUUUUGUAAUUUCGUGCCGUAUAUUUGCGUCGUUCACGGUGUUUCAUCUCCGUCUCCGCCCUUUCUUCUGUCGGCUUGCGUUGUCUUCGCACUUUUGGCGGUGGGGCAAGCAGAAGUGUUUUUUUUCUGUCCUUCUCCAUCACAGCUCCUGUAGCCAAGCUGCUAUGCUACUUUUAGCCGCUCAGAGCUCAGAGAAGGGCCGGGAGAGUGGGAGGGGACAAGUCGAACUACUAGUGAGGGGCGUGUCGAAUACAGCGAGGUGACUAAAUGAAGAGGCAGAGCAGGAGAUUGACCAAUAGGAGCUGCCUGGGACGGAUGGCUCCCAUUGGUCAAUGUUUUUGCAGCCCUGUACCUGAUAGGGUAAACGGAAUUUUUCCAUUAUUUUUUCUCUUCACUUUGUGGAGAUCACACUUUAGGACCAUGAUCGCCAUAGAAACGAGGUUCAUAAUAAUUACCAAUCUCUCCAAUUGUCAACCAUGUCUUUAAUGUACAAAUUUUAAGCACAAAAAAACAAGAUUAUAUUCAACAGUUUUUUUUUUCAGUGUUUCAAUAACUUUGGACGAGUUGAUUAAUCAGGGCUAAUAUUUAUGUUAAAAUGACUAAGAAAUUAGUCAUCCAGUCCCAAAUCUUUAUGUAUGAACUGAAGACGUAUUUGUCAAAGCCCAAAUACUUCUAUUAUUCGUGGAGUGUCCAGGGUCUGAGUAUGUGUGGAGGUGUAAUUGUUUAAGGUAGUGGUGGACCAACAUCUUCAAUGUCCUUUUGGCUGCAGAAUCCCAAAGUCUUCUUCUUGUUCAUAAACUUAUUUUAAAACUUUAAAACAUGUCAGAAGAAGAAGAAGAAGAAGAAGAAUCGUCUGUUUCUCAUGUCCCCAAGUGCCAGCUCGAGCUACCUCUUCAUUUCAGACAAGUGCCAAUCCGAACCUUCAUCCUCUAACCUUUGCCUGUUGGAAAUGUCAUGAAACUAAAACUUGAAAUACCGCCCACCACAUGGUUUUAUCUCUGCUUAAAAGCAACAGUGAAUUUGUGAGUUUAUGCAGAUUGAAGUGUGUCAAACUAAGUAAAAAAAAAAAUCAAAAUGAUGAGAAAUCAUUACCGUUGAUUACAGAGUCACUCUCAGCGUUGGAAACACUGCAAUUUUCUAAAUGAAGCAAUGAGCAACAGACCAGAGGUGAGGAAGGAGAUGUGUGUGUGUGUGUGUGUGUGUGUUUGGACAGCUCUCGCUCCAGGUUUCUGUCAAGAGAGAGUGAGUGCUGAGUGUUAUUUUUCCAAGUGCACUUAAAAAGCAGCAGGGCAUCAAAGGCUCAGCGAAGAAGUGUUUUCACAGACUGAAUGAUAAGAAGCAGAGAAACACUCGGCAGCAACUCUCUCCCUCUCUGACUCCAUGCAUAAAAAAUGCUCAUUUUGGGGAGGACCAAUACGCAGUCACUAUACCAGUUAUUGUACUUCUCUUUAGGAUCACGCAGAGAUUUUCUUUGCCAAAGAAAACCAAUCGAGCCGAGACCUUUUACACACUCUUUCACCUUUUCAAAUCUAUCGUGUCCAUUUAUGGGGAGGCAGCGUGGGUUUGCCAUAGUAAAGCUUUCACUCUUAUACCUGUACUAAAAACAUGUAUUUGAUUUUACAGACAUUUGAAGGAUUUUAUAAACUUCACCGGACAAAGCCAGACAACCCCCCAAAAAGGAUAUGUACGGGUAAAAGAGGAUGUAUGGUCACCCUACACAAGCUGAAAGUUCCUCAUAGAAGCUUCAAACAACGUUGUUGCAGGAAGCUCUGCUAACAGUGAUAACUCAAAAUUAGACUGGUUUAGACAUUUAACAUUGACUUAUUUAACAGUUUAACUUCAUCUUCACUUUCCAAAUCAAAAUACUGGUAAACCACGCCAUGCUACCAGAUUCAAACAGUCAUCUGUGUCUGUUUACAUCGAGGUAGUUGAGCAUUACAGCAUCAUGUUGGCAGUUAGACCCCCGCUGAUGAGGAUGGAUGUAGCUUCAAAGUUAGCGUCUCUUUCCUGACUGUCAGCGUCUUAAUGGUUUUAAAUUUAACCUUUAGCUUGUUGUUUAAAAUUAAAUCACAGAAAUAUUAAUCCGUCUAAAGAAAGUGUAAAAAUAAACUCCGAAGUCAAAGUUUGGCAGCUGACAUCAUGGAUGUUCUCACGCCGUAAAGCUCCCGUCUUUAUCUCUCUAUCCUCCGCUCCACCUCUCCAUCACACACACUUUCAGUCUUAACUCGUCUGUGCUAACCUUUAGCUCGAUGACAGCCCAGCCAUGACAUAAUCGCCAUAUCUGUCCCACUCACUCUGUAUGUGCGUUUAUCAGUCUGCGUGUCGGUGUGUAAAUUUCUUUACCUCAGAUGUCUGGAGAGUUUUAAACAGGAGUUUUCAGAGAGGAGUCUGAUGAGGGGGAGUUUUGUGGACUUGAGUUAUGGACUUCGAGUUUAUUCUGAGAGUAGCAGAGAGGAGGAUAAGGGCCGCUCUGGGUAGAGCUUUACCAGGUAUGAUACUUUUUAUUCUUUGAACAGCUGUAAGCAUCCGUCCUGAGAUGCUUCAUUUCAUUACUGUCCUGAUGAAACUUUUUUUUUAACUCGUCGUCCUUUUGCAACUUUAGAAGUUUACACUAAAAAUAUGCCAAAUGGGAACAAAACCUUUUCCUGUGCUUCAAAAGACCUUUUUGGUUUGGAAAUGUGCAAGUCUAUGAUGAUCUGAAUGUUUCUUGGUAAACGAAAAGCUUAAAAACCAGCUCCUCCUGCCUUCCUUUCUACUUCAAACGUUUUCAGUAUUUGCCGGUCUGUAUGAUGUGGUUGUGUAAGGGAUGAAGAGCAGGUGCACACAAAUAAAAAAGAGCUUCUUCCUGCACAUUUGUGCAGGGAUGCAGAAACGUUUUAAAAUUCUUUAGGGCAACCAUUCCCUACAUGAGGUCCAGGUCCCCCCUAAAGCAGGCAUCUGAGAUCUCAGAGGGGGUACAAGUCUUUGUUUGCGUAGCGUGUUACAAUUAAAUUAAAUUAGCAUGUUCGCUUAAAUCAUCAAAACCUACUUUCUGGAUAGUUCUGUGGAUAAGACAUUUCCUCCUUUGUUGUCGCAAAAUCCCAUCGCGCUUGAUGUGCAUAGUCAGGCGCGUCAAAAUUCGCCUCAGAAUAUUUCAUAAUUUCAUGUUGUAUAUUUGCAUCGUGCCCGGUGUGUGAGGAUCUGUGUUCAUGCAGCCACCUCAGUUUGAGGCCCGAGCUGACAUGCAUGAAACUCUCUGCAGUUAGUCUGGGUACAUGAUCACAGAUAUGACUGAGAAGUUUGGGAAAUCAAAAAUACUCCAAUUCACCGUACUGGACACAUUUAAACAAGUUUUAAAGGACCAUUUUGUGGGUUUAUUUUAUUUUCUAUGAUCCUUGAACCUGACAGAGCAACUUAAUUCUGGUACAGCUCAUGAUAAAGAGCGUAUACAUGUAUCACUCCCAACUACACUUAAACACAAACGGCCUCUUAAAGCAGCUGAUAAGUCAGGCGUCACUCUGCAGCCUCUGUCUGCAGGACUGUAUUAUACAGCUGUCAGUGAUGUGUGUGUUUAUAUGAAACUGAUAAGGUCAAAAUGCUCUGUGCCAUAGCUGCAGAUGUGUGGCUUAUCCACUUCUCUCCUAUUCUGUUCUCAACCUAAAGAAAAAAAGACGUGUAGAGCUCCUCUUUUUUGCCUCUCUGCAAAGUUAAAGUAACAGAAUUGAACUUUUUAUCCCAGAAUAGUUUGUUUCACUCAGACAAAGACAAAAUAAGCUUUUAAGUCUCGCUCAGCGUGAUGUGGGUUGCAUUAAAGACAAAACAGCCUCUUUUGUUGAGUGAUAAAGACGUGACAAAGUUUUCUCAUGUCUUAUUAUCAACCCACGCCCUCUGUUCCUGUUAUUCAGAACUCAAUAAAGAACUAUUCUGGGGUCUUAUUCAGUGAGUCGUGCGAAAAGUCGGCUCUAGACUCCUUCUUUACGGAGACGUGGGUGAGAUAGUUGACAGAUUGUAAUUAUUUGCAAACUGUCGCUCAGAAACUCGUGUUAAAACUGUUAAAAUCUGCAGCAGCAAAAAAAAUGGUUUUAUUGAAAUCGAGUGUGAUGUGUCAAAUGAAAUCAGAGUGACUGACUGCAAAGAGGCCAGCAGGUUACAGAGAUGUUAACACAUAGAUGCAUGAGUAAAAUCACUGUCAUGACUAAUUAAAGGGCCAUUACGCCGGAAAGUACCGUCCUCUGAUAAGCGGAGUACUGGGAGUUGUGGUUCGGCUGAAAGACUACAGCUAAUGUGACACCACUUAAUCCUCCUCUCUGACGGUGAGAGCUUUCAGAUCCAUAUCACAGCACUUAACAGAGACAAAGUGCAUAAAUUAGUAUUGACAGAAGUAUUAGAUGUCUCUGAUGACGGCUCAGUCGCAGGGUUCCCAGGGAAAGCCUGUGAGUAUGAAUGGAUUAGCACAAGGGUGUCAGGCCUGAGGAGAGGAGAGCAUGUUCAUCUGUUUACCUUGAGUCCUGGAGUCAGGCACCGACAAUAGAGGGGAGAUAAAGGAGCUUUAAAGACUUAUGGCUGGAUGAAUGGAUUCAAUGAACUGUGGAUGAAUUAUUGAAUGGAUAAAUCUAACGAAGAACUAGUCUGGAUCGCCUUGAUGGAUAAAUGAAUAGAUCUGAUGACUAAUACAUGUAAAACUAGAAAAGCACUCGGAGAGCGCAGACCUCCGCCAAGCAGCUCAUGUCCCCCUUUAUAUUGUGAUUCACACCAAAACUUUUACUGUUACGUGUCUUUUAUUGGGUGGUGGUGGUCAGAGAGACCAUAGGCAUGUUUCCGUUCGUCUGCCCCAGGGCAGCUGUGACUACUAAGGUAGUUUACCAUCACCAGGGUGUGACUGUGUGAGCGAAUGAAUGAUGUCUCCAAUAUAAAGCGCUUUGAGGUCACUGAUAAAGCACUACGUAAAAUCUGAUGCAUCAAUAUUAUUAUUAUUAUUAUUAUUAUUAUUAUUAUUAUUAUUUUAUUAUUAUUAUUAUUGUUUUUAUUAUUAUUAUUAUCAUUUUUAUUAUUAUUAUUAUUAUUAUUAUUAUUAUUAUUGUUGUUGUUGUUGUUGUUGUUGUAGUAAUAAUAAUAAUAAUUAUUAUUAUUUUUAUUAUUGUUUUAUUAUUAUUAUUAUUAUUUUAUUAUUGUUUUUACUAUUAUUAUUGUUGUUGUUGAUAUUGUUUAUAUUAUUAUUAUCAGUAUUUAUUGAUAAAUACAUGGCAGGGUUCAAUUGAUAGAUGAUUUCAUAAUGAUUGAUGGACAGAUGGAUCGAUUAGAUGGAUGAAUGGACACAAAUGUACUUAUUCCAUGGGUUUAAAUCUUAAAACAUUAAGUGGUAAAGCUAUAAAAAGAUAAACCAGUGACACACAGUGAGGAUUUAUUAUUAAGUGUUGUCAUGAAUUAGUGAAUAUAAGUGCACAAACAGCAGCAGGUUUAAAGAGUAAAUCUCAUAUUUCGGAGCCUGUUACUGUCUGAUGUGAAAACAAAUAAAGUUCAAGCUGUUCUCUCGGUUUGUCUGACCUAUUUAUCACCCCUGACUGCCACCCUAAAUGCUUUUUCCUCGUCGUAAUUACUGCGACCACUACAGUUUGCAGCCUCAUUAUAAUCCUAAUUACAGGUAGGAAAAGCAGCUGCUCGGGUGACCUGUGCAGAGCUAUUUUUGGUACAGACGGUCUCCAAAAUACCUGCCCCUGAGAAGCGAUUGAUCCAGGUGAAAGCUGUAGAAGUCAGGUAUGAGAUGCAGCGGUGAAGUGUGGGUUAAGUAGAAAGGACAUGUUUGGAUUACAGAGAGAAGAUAAAGUGGUUUUAUGAAACUCAACUUGACUGACUCCUCGACAUAAUCCAUGUAGAAAGAGAUUUAAAGAGGACGCUUAAGGAUGAGAUAAUGUGAUUUUAAUGCGUGGCUGUAAAUGCGUAAAACUGUUUUCUUGUUUUGUUUUUGCAGACGUAGUCACGGUUCAUGUUCAGGUAAUCUUUGAAGGACUUCCAGCUGCAGGUUUUCUCUAAUGUGAGUGAUGAGUUACACUUCCCAAAACUCUCUUAGUCCGUCUCUUUUUGCAUUUUCUUUAUUGUGUAUAAUAUAAAUGAAUUCCUGACCUAUAUCUCCUCAGCGUCUGUUGUUACCUCUCCACAUCCCUGCAGUUCCUCCUCCUCCUCCUCCUCCUCCUCCUCCUCCUCCUCUCAUCUGUAGUUCAGACGUUUUUGGGGGGAAAAGAUCUGGAGCAAUUAUGUAACCGCUCUGACGCAGAAGUCCUCCAUUUUCAACCGUCAUCACUUUUGCGUGGAAAAUUGUUACUGAUUAGAUGAGGCUCAUACUCUGGCAGCUAUUUGUGACCUUUGACCUCAAUUGGAAAAUCCGAAAGUUGAGAGAAAAGUAUCUCACAGUAACCUUAGGAACCAUUUAUACAAUUAGACACUGCAUUGUUCAGAAAGAAAAGAGCAGACUGUGCUUUUUAUGGAGACACAUCAAGCAGACGCUCACUGAGGGAAGAGGCAUGACUAACACGACUCCACUAUGAUAACUUCACACUUUAGAUUUGCAGCAACAGCAGAAUUAUCAGAGCCACACUUCCAAGGAAACUCCCCUUUAGACGUCCCUGAAGACCUAAAACAGGACACUUAGUAAUAUGAGAGGUGUCAAGAGGACAGGAGGUUCUGAAUGAUUGUUGAGGUGAAUCUGGGAUUCAAAAACACUUGGUCCAGAUGACUGACUGAAAAACACGUAGAAAAAAAGUCACCAGACAUGUAACAGAACCUCAUGUGGCCAUCACUUUUAUUUUAAAUUCAAACUUUGGGGUUGAAGUUUAGGACUUUCAGCUGCUCCCAUCAGGCAGGAGGCUCAAGGUACCGGCCUGUAAAAUCAAACGGUGCAAAAAUAGUUUUACCCCAUCAGCUAUCGAGCGAAUUAACACAGGAUAGAAACCCUGAGAGCUGUUUGGUUUUUAUUUGGUUUUACUGAGUUUUAUUUGGUCUUUUUUGAUUCAUUUUAAUAUGUUACCCCCGCGCACUGUUGUCACUUUAUAUGUAUGUCCUGUUGCAUGUACUGCGCUGUUUGUUCGUCUGAAAACAAGAUUUACCUGAGGUUACAAAUCAAGUAACAUUUGACCUUUGAAAGUUUAAAUUCUGAGUCCUUCAAACUCACAAUACCACAGAAUACCAGCGAAUGAGGCCACCUGAAGUAGCUUGGCUAUGAUCCAGCAGAGGGUGCUCUUAAUGUAGCCCGGCCAAUCCUUGCCCUCUUGACCUCAGUAAACUAACGCAGUAAUUUUGUGACGAAAUGGAGCAUAUCCACUUCAUGUUUGUUCAAAGUUCAUGUUUGGAAAAACUGAUAGCCCAAGUGCCUCACAAAGGAGGAGAAAUGUCAGCCUUUUACUUCCCUUAUGGAACUCUUACAUCUUCUGUGUCUUUAGCUGAAUUACGAUAAAACGGAUGAAGAAUAACAGGAAGUAUGGGGAGUAGAGAGUGGGGGUAGACAUGCAGCAAAGGAUCAUGGCUGAGAAAUGAACCAGAGACUGAGAUGUUUGUCUGUCUGUCGGCAUGUUUGUCGUCAGAGCAGAAAAUAAGUAUAACUCAUUCGUUUUAAAGAAAUUAAUCAAGUUUGGCUGGUCAGAGGUAUGGUCUUGUUUUCUUUUGUGGCUCAACAGCAAAAACCUGAAUGAAUAAUAAUGAAGACACGAAAACUAUUUUUAACUUCCUCUUUGGUUGGUAGUUAUUAUGUGUUGUUUCAAACCCUCCUGCAGACGUGUUGAGGCUGAAAUAUAAAGAAACAGAAACACUUCUAUGAUUUUUACCGUGGCUGUGCUUGAAAUACAAGAAGAUAAGGUGGUAAUUUUCUGAUCCCCACGGCGUGGAGUUAAUACCUGACAUGAAGAGAGGAAAAGGUAGAGGAGAAAGAAAUGAGAGGGAGAGAAAGAGAGGGGGAUUCAGAAUAGAGACAGCAGACAGACAUAAAGAAAAGAGAGGGGUGUAAAUGAAUAAUUUAGUCCCUCUAUUCCCUCUCUCUUCCUCCCUGCUGAGUUAGUGAUGUUACAAAGAUAGUCGAGGAGAGAAGAGGAAUAAAUAAAAGGAAAGGUAAGAGGGUAAAACAUAGCAAAGACAAGAAGGGAGGAGACAAGAAAGGAGAAGAGAUGAGGAAAGGAGAUAUAAAGAAAGAUACAAGAAAGGAGACAAUAAAAAGGCGAUAGGAAACAUAAAAGGAGACGAGUGCCAACAAUGUGGGCCAAGGACAUUCGUGAGGAGACAAGAUAGAAGGAGAUUAGAAAACGAGGGUGGAGGAAAGGGAACAAGGAAAGAAUGAAGGCCAGGAACAGAGUGUUUUUGUAGGUGUGUGUGUGUGAGAGAGAGACAGGGAGAGAGAGAGAGACAGACAGACAGACAGACAGAGAGGAAAAGCCCUGCUGAUAGAGUAGAGAUAAAAGUCAGAGAUGCAGAGCGAUGAAUGUAAUUGAUGCCAGAUGUGUGUGUGUGUGUGUGUGUGUGUGUUAGUGUUUUAGUGUGUUAGUGUGCGUGUGUGUUAGUGUGUGAGUGUGUUAGUGUGUGAGUGUGUAUUUGUCGUCCUCUCAGCAUUCAGCAGGUGUUUUCUCUCCUCCGCUCGGAAAUCCACCUGCGUCACUAAUCACUCGUUACCUAGGUAACAGUGGACUUCCCCGUGUCUGUGCUUCUGUGUUAGUGUGUUAGUGUGUGUGUGUGUGUGUGGGCGGGUGUCUGAGUGUAAAUUAUGACUCAUCCUGCUCGGCUAUCCUCACACUCCUGUCUGGGGAACACCCACCCACAUCUGUUCCUCCCUUCCUGCCUCUGUUUCUCCACCUAUCACUCCAUUUUCUCCUCCAUCUCCUCAUUUUUAGCCUUUCCACUCGCCUCCCACUCACACUCACAUUCGUUUAUUCCUCUUUCAUGACACUAUGAGUCAGGACUCAGUGUUUACCUGUUGCUGUCUCUGUGUUUGCACACGAGGUGCACAUUAAUUAGCAUGAGCACCGCCUACAGAGAGGCUGUUUGAGUGACGAGUUAACCCGGGGAAAAGCUCGGUGUCUGGCUUUGACUGAUAAAAUGAAGAUUUGAAAUGAAUACAGACUGUACUGGUACAGUUUCACCACACAAACCUGACAUUUUAAGGAGUAGCUUCACCUCAGAUGUCCUCCUACAAGCUCAUUUUGUGCAUUAGAAAAGCUGUAGGGAAAAGCUAAAUUAACGUUACUCUCUUAUAUACUUUUGCUCUCUACUCAGGGUUGUGGCACUUUAUGAGAUAGAAAAACCAUGCCAUGCUUCAUUAUUCCUAAGUUGAUGAACAUUUGAUAUUCAUUAUUUUAAACCCUUACCCUGUGCUCUGUACUGAUACUAUACACAAACUAGAAAAGCACUCGGAGAGCGCAGACCUCCGCCAAGCAGCUCAUGUCCCCCCUCAUAUUGUGAUUCACACCCAAACUUUUACUGUUACGUGUCUUUUAUUAACUUUUAUUUGUGUUUAAACUGGUAUGUUCACUGUUCAUAAUGUUCCUAAAACAAGAAAUGCCCUGACUGGAAUUCAAACCCAGGACCUUCAACCACUACACCACUGUGCUGCCUAUCUACACCACUGUGCCGCCCAUUUGUUAUCUUUCAGCAUUGAAAAUUCCAACGACACCCUUAUUUUUGCGUGUUCUGGAUCACAGUAUCCAGAAUUUUGUCCGGAUCACCACCAAAAUGUAAUGGGAUCCUCCUGGGGCUGAGACGCACCUCUGGUGAAAAUUUCAGGUCAAUCCGUCUGUUACUUUCUCUGUAAAGUUGCUAACAGACAGACAAACAAACUAACCAACGCUACCAAAAACAUAAUAAUCAUAUAUAUAUAUAUAUUAUAAUAAAGAUUAUAAGUACUUCCAGGAAUCCGAUCAUUAAAUUGUAAAAUACUAUUAGAAACAAAGCCAGAACAAAAUAAAUGCAAACUGAUCCUGGAGAGUUGUACAUAAAAACUGGAAAGUGUGUCAACAUGAAACUCUAAGGGCCUGUCUCCACUGACAACAUUUUCAUUGCACCCCAAAUUAGGGCCCGACCGAUAUGGAUUUUUUGGGGCCAAUACCAAAUAUUAAGGGGGGAAAAAAAUCUGAUUACUGAUUGAUUUGACGAUUUAAACAUUUUUUUUUGAAGUUUUAAAAUGUUGUUAAUUUAAGUAAUAUAUCUACAUUUUUACUAUUUUUUUAACAAAUGGCUGCUUUUGAGCCUUUUAAACUCUUCCUCAAAGAAUUAAAGGCAGAAAACUCAUUUCAAAUACUUUUUUUUGCUGAAAAAAAUGAGGUAUUUUGUGCAAAGUGCAAACAGUUAAGUUAACUUCCUACUGUUUACAUGAAUUAUGAACUUUAGUGUAAAGCAGAAUGAAUUCAUUCAUUUUUCUUAAAUGCUAAUCGCUACUGGGCUCUCAGACACUGUUUAGUGACUAUCAAUUGAUUAGUUAUCAGGUUCCACUGAUCUUUAAGUUGUUUGUUUAGUGUUUUGUUGUUAUUAUGUGUUAACAGUUGUUCAUUGCUUAAGGAUGGAAUCUGAAGACGUAAUAGAGCAAGAGUUCUUAAAAUGAAAUCUAUAUAUUGAAGCACUUCAUGCCCUCAAAAAUCUUUACAUAUCCACUGUUUAGUUCUUAAAUUGCCUAAAAAGAGUGCUACAAGUGCAGAAAGUUUGCUGACAGCAGUGACUAAAACUUUCUUCAGCUCCCCAUCUGGCCUUCUUCAGACUCUCUAUUGUUGCUGUACGUCUCUGAGGCUCUUGUCGAACACACAGAAACAAACAGUACUCAUCGUCCUCCCACAUCCAACAUGUUCUCCAAAGGUAGUCGAGCAGUUUUGCUGCUGCUUGUAUACAAAAAGUCUUUUAUCUUCUUCUCGCUGUUUGCGUAGGCAGCGCUGCUUUCUCUGAGUUUGAGGACAAACACUUCAGAAAUGUCAUAGACAGUCGUGAUUUCAGCAAAACGGUGCUACUAUUGAAAGUUCACUGGGUUUAUUUACAUGGAUGGAAGAAUUGAAGACAUGCUCUUGAUUAAAAACACGGUUUUUGGCCAGAGUUUCACACCACACUGCAAAAGCCCAAAACUUGCAAACAAAUGGUUCGGGCUUUACUACUUCCCUGCUGUUUGUGUUUUUGAAAACACAUUUUUGUUCCUUUGACCUUUGUUGUGAAUGUUUUUCAAUGAUGACCGUCCUCAGCUGAAGCUCUGCUCCCGUUUUGUAAAUCUGCACAUGUGCUUUUCUUUGCUUGAGCGCAGGAGUUUCCAUUUAAAAACUCAAUUUUGUACAAUUUGUUUCCCACCCAGAGCGACACAGUGGUGUAGUGGUCAGCACUGUCGCCUCACAGCAAGAAGGUCCUGGGUUCGAAUCCGGGUCAGGGUGUUUCUGUGUGGAGUUUGCAUGUUCUCCCUGUGUCUGCGUGGGUUUACUCCGGGUACUCCGGUUUCCUCCCAAAAACAUCCAGAAGUGGGGUUAGGUUAGUUGGCCACUUUCAAAAGGUGUGAGUGUGGGCGUGGAUGGUUGUUCGUCUAUAUAUGUCAGCUCUGCGAUGAACUGGCGACUUGUCCAGGGUGUCCCCUGCCUUCGCCCAAAAGAUGCUGGGAUAGGCUCCAGCCCCCCUGCGACCCCGGGAACAGGAAUAAGGGGUAAAAAAUGGAUGGAUGGAUGUUUCCCACCAGUUUCAAUUUGUGGAAGUCUGUUUGGUUAGCAUAGUUUUACUUACAGGUUACUGUAGUUGCCAUUAUUCUUUAAAUCUAUGAAAGCACAGUCCUUUUAUUUCCCACCUGUAGCCAGAAAUUGACAGGAAAUAAUUUCUAUUAAGAUUAUGAUGUACUUGUAAACAAAAAAAGCAUGAAAUUGCAGCUUGUUUUUGGUUUUAGUGGAAAAAAAAAAUCCAGAAAUGGCAGAAUAGGAGCAAAGUUAGAAAUGUGUGAAAGAGAGUGCAGUAAUGUUUUGAUGCCUGUAGAGGGAGCUGCUGCUUCUGCACAGGAUGCAGAAACAUUGUGUACACACAGACAUGCAGAAAGGACUAAAAAAUUAAAUGAAAAGAAACGACGUGGGAGGAGAGAUUUGCAGUUGAAGCAUUUCUCUCUUUUUAUUGUAUUCCUGCACAAUAGUGCGUUUCUGUGUUUUACAAGCUUGGUGUUUAUUCCUGUUUCUGUGCGCCCAUGAAAACCAUGAAGCAGAAAAAUUGGGUGGGUUUUUCUGUUUUAUCUUUUGCAUGGAUGAAAAGAGGAAGAAGUGAAAUGAAAAAGAAGAGGGUGAGGAGAAUUCUCCCUUUUGAAGUUUAAGAGCCGUGUGCUGCCUUGCUCCCGUGUUAUAAAAAGCAUCUGGAGAGAUGAAUUUUAAUGUAAAUGUAGCUUUGAUUUAUUCAUAACUCCUUCACUUGGAGCUGACCUGGAUAAAACGGCGAACAUGGUCGCCUCCUCAUCCUCACACUCCUCUUUUUUUGUUCUCUUCUUUCUCUGAGAGAAAAGAGUCAGGGCGAAUGUUCUGUAUUUAAAUAGUUGUGUGUCAGCGAUAUCAAGCUCAGAAAGAAAUGAAAGCGUGGGAUCAUGCAGUGGAGUUUUCGUGCAGGAUGACGAGGAUCCAGAAAGGCAGAUGGCUGCUAUUGCUGUGUCUAUAUGUGAACUUUAAUCUAGGCUGUAAUGUGCACAAAUAAAGAAAAAUAUAUAGAGACAAAAUUGAUAAAAAAAAACAUGAUGUCCUCAAAGGCAGAGAUCUGCUUUUCUCUUGUUCAAUCAGAGCUUCAUCUGCUUUUUAUCGUGAUCAAACAUGAGGCUUUUACAUCUCGUCUCUGCAGGAUUUCACUCAGUUACAGAUCAUUAUGUAGCACACACAGAGACCCACCACUGUGUUAUUGAUGUUCCAGCACUAUUAUUACUGUUAUCUAUGAGGGAACUCCCAUUGAAGGGCUCAGAGACACACUCUGCUGCCACCUAGUGGGCAUGAGGACAAAAAUGCAUCAAAUUUUGUAGCACCUGGGUGUAUCUGUCCCUCUGUCUAUGUCAACCUUGAUAGAAAACGUUGCAGGGUUAAGGAAAGGUGUCUCUAAAUAUGCAUCACAAACAACCGUAUGAAUGAUUAUUAAUCCCUUAUUUUACUGCAUUUAUGUCAGGAAGUCAUCUUCUGUUUUACUUUGUGUUACAAGUGUUAAAGAGGCUGUUUUACAUUAUUCUAUUUUAGCCUGUACCCUCCUAUAUGAAUAUUAUAAGGUCUCCAUUGGCUCUGUCUUGCUAUCAGUGAGUAAAAAUGUGUAAAAUAUUUAUUUAUUUAUCUAAAUUACACAGAUUGGCGAACAUUUGUGUUUCAUAAAAGCCUUGUUAGCAUCAUCAAACACCAGAAAUCACAGAAAAAAAAACUUUUAUUGUAAAGAAAGUUGUAUUUUUGUCAUUUUCAGGCAGAACAUUAACAGACUUCAUCUGUUUGUUGUUCCUCUUUUUGUGGUCACAUUGACUACAUGAUUUAAAAACCUGUUUCUGUGAACUUAUGAUCAACAUCAGACUGUUUUUCAUCAGUGUCAUAUAUAAAAAUGUCCAGAGUCUUUAGUAAAAAAUGACACAAAAAGAUCUCAAUGAGUUUUAUGAGGUGUCAAAGGUUGAUCCUGAUCCGGACAAAAUUCUGGAUACUGUGAUCCAGAACACACAAAAAUAAGGGUGUCGUUGGAAUUUUCAAUGCUGAAAGAUAACCAAUGGGCGGCACAGUGGUGUAGUGGUUAGCACUGUCGCCUCACAGCAAGAAGGUCCUGGGUUUGAAUCCGGGUUAGGGCAUUUCUUGUUUUAGGAACAUUAUGAACAGUGAACAUACCAGUUUAAACACAAAUAAACGUUAAUAAAAGACACGUAACAGUAAAAGUUUUGGUGUGAAUCACAAUAUAAGGGGGACAUGAGCUGCUUGGCGGAGGUCUGCGCUCUCCGAGUGCUUUUCUAGUUACUUAUGCACUCUAGGCCAGCUGUUUUCACACACUAUAAGGUAUAAUGACUUUUGUUAACUCUUCUUCUCUAGUCUAUCCCAACAUUAAGCACAGCUCUCCCUCUUAACUUAAGAAGAAAGAGAAUAUUUGCAUAGUAUACGAUGUUUUUGGUAAUAAAUCAACAAAUAUUAGCAGAGCCCACUGCUUCAUUUCAUCUGUCCCACACCCAUCACUGAAGACACUGACUGGUGGAGUAUCUCGUCACUGGCGGGGAAAGAGUUAAGCUUUUUGCUGUCCAGUCUGGAGAAUUUAAAAAGCUCUUAUCAUGGUCAGUACUCAAACACUUGUGGGUCAUUUCACUCAGUUAGGAAUAACCUAAAAGGACAGUUUGACAGAGUUCAGUUAAUCCCUAAGAGAGUAUGUAAACUGUUCAUGGUGCUGAACAGUUCUUAACAAGAGUCUGUUUCAGUCCAUGGUGCUGGACUUUCAAUAUAACCCGUUCACCAUCCAUAGUUCUGAACUGCUUCUGAUAGAGAGCUUCUUCACUGUCUGUUACGCUGAACUGUUCUCCACAUGAACCAGUUGCUGUCUUAAUGCCUAUUUGCUGUCCGUGGUGCUGAACUCCUCUCAGUUGAGAGCGUGUUGCUGUCCAAGGUAGUGAGCUGCUUCCGUUAAGGGACCUGACCCGCUUCAGCUCUCCUGAGCUCUGAAAGUGAGAUCUGAUUAUUUUUUUAAGAUGAUGAGUCACUGUUGCAUGUCCACUGUCCUUUUCUUCCUUACACAACAAAGAGAAAAUAGAAAGUGGAAGACUUUUAACCCUUUGAGAUUGUUUGAUACAAAUAGAAUACACAAAAAGAACCACAGUACAGAAAUAUCAGUGUACACAGGGUUUAAAUGUUGAUACUGAUGGAAAAAAUUCAGGGGAUUGGAGAUUCCACCUUUUUUGGGAAUAAGGAGACAUGAAUAUGAAUAUCAGCCUGUUUCACUGCCACCUAAAAAGUCCGCACAGCGCUUUUAACCGUGUACAGCACAAGAUAAGUAAAGACUUCUUUGUCCACAGGGGGCGCCAGAACUGUCACAAAUAUUUUUUUUUCCCACAGAAGCUUUAAUGCUGUAUGUAUAUGGUUCCAUUAUGUUAAUUAUCAUAGAUAGAUAGAUAGAUAGAUAGAUACUAGCCGAGUGCUUUUCUAGUUUUCUUUAUAUUACAAAGUGAAGCUGCUUUUACUUUGCAUGAAAUUUCAAUCAAGACUGUUUUUGAGAACCCUUGUUUGUAAACCUGUUCCUCUGGAAUAUACAUCCGCCCGUCUUUGUCAGAACAGCUGAAAGCAGUAUUACAGUGCAGUAUUUUUGAUACGAUGAGGCGUAUUUAAUCUUUUUCUUGCAUGCUGAAAAGAGAAGAAGUUUGACCUGUGGGUACAGACAAAGAUGCUGCAGCAACUGCAAAUAUUCACAUAUGAUAAAAUAACGCCUAAACGUAUCUCACUCUCCAUAAAAAUGAAGCCCACGUUGCUGUGGAGACGUGUGCAGCCAGAGUAUCUGGAGGGAGUAAAGGAUGAAUUGUGUCCCUGAUACGACAGCCAAACCCUGCUGUCCAUUAUUCAUGGAGAGGUCAGAUAAAUUGGAAAGGUUUUGGGGUUUUCUUUGAUAUCAGUUCCCCCAGAAGAAAUGGACAUUUCAUUUCAGUUUUCUUUGUGUCCAGCUGGGUCCCUGCCCGCCUGGCGCUUUAUUCUAGAGAGGCGACUGACCUACAUGCUGCACUGGAAAGACAAAUUUAUGCUGGCUUAGGAAAUUUGGGCAAAACUUAAAUCAGAGCAGAACUUUUUAAAAUAAUUGUUCAAAUUUGCAGAGUAGAGCUUUUAAAACUGCCAGAACACGCCUCCUCAGUACAGUGCUGCACCUGAUACUUCCUCACAUACUGUUACAUCAUGGAAGAAAUCUGAGUGCAUUCAGACCUGCAGUAUAGCCUUACAGCUGAACACACAUGAACAUGAACAUGUGAGGCAGCUUUCUGUUUAUCUGCCCGCCAUCUAGCCCACCUCCUGCAUUUUUAAACCACUCACUCAUUCAGUCACUCAGUCAGACAGCUUUUCAUGAGCCGGGUACAGACAGUACGAUUGAGUGGGAUGAGGAAACGAGUACAGCGGCCUCAUUGUCUAACCUGCCUGUCACUCUGAAACAUAAUUAGUCAUAUGAAAGUUUUCAACAAGAAAUGGAGAAACAAGGUCUUUCAGAAAAGGUUGCACAAGUUGCAGAAAACAGCCUGUUCAAGAUUUAAGACUAUGUUUAAUUUUCAUUUUUUACUGAAGUGGUUUUAUUUUUCUGACUCUUGGGAUGGUGCGUGGAAAAAAGAAUACAAAUUUAAUUGCAGUUCUGUUUUUGAAGCAUGAAAUUACACAUAUUUGAAAGGGGGUUCAUUGAUUUGAUUCAGGACCUAUUUUGGGGUUAACAAAUGUCACAUUUUUUGGUUUAAUUUCAGGAGUUCACCUCAGUCGCAGCCAUUAACUAGGCCAUUAUGGAUGCAACACAAUCCUUCUACAAUAUCCACUAAUCGUUCCCGCUGUUUCCACUUUCAGAUUUGGGUUAUUUUAAAAAUUUGACAUCUUUUCACAUAGCAUCCCCACAGACCUUAACCUUUUUCUUAAACCAAAAACAGUCAAGAUAUCCCUCUCUUUAAAGCCACCAAACGUCAUAGAGAAAAAGGGCAAUUUUACCUUUGCAGUAACACUGGAGAUGCUGAUCUUCCGCCACCUCUUCUGAUUCUAAUUAUUUAUUGUUUAUUUUCACGUGACAUGAGUACUUAAAAAGGCUUUAGCUCAAAAUAACUCAAAUUAACUGACCAAGUAAGGCAACUGUAGACUGAUGUACUUCUCCCACAGAUAUUAAAUAGCUACUUUUGCCAAUGGAGUCUGGUGACUUUGAGGAAACUAAUGUGGCCGCAGCUUCUGGUUGAAAAAAAAAAGUAAGAUUCUAUUCAAGUCCAGAAUAAAUGCUACAUUUGUCUGUCCAAGGUCACCAGACUAUACUAAGGCAAAAAAACUCAUGACAAGAGUUAUUUGCCUUACUGUCUGAUUUUGGUGUGAAAAAUGUUUCUGUCAUCCCUGAUGUAAUAUUCGAGGUGCACAAAAAACUCAAAAAAGGAAAAUCUUCUAUGUGAGGGUUUCAAAAAAGGUAAAAUAAGUUUUAAGUUAACCUGGAAACUUUAAGACUGAGUUUAAAUUAAACAUCCCUCUCUGUCUGGUGUUAACUAAACCCCAUAAAAAAAGGAAAUUUAGAAAAACUCAAAGCAUGGUUGUUUAGGUACAGUGGCCCACAAGGUCAGUUGGAAGAGCUCAAACAGAUGGCUGUUAAGUCCACCUUCAGGGCUACUUUGUUACGGCCUAGAAUCAGGACCAGUGUUCUGUUAAGAUUGGCUGCUAUUUACUUAGACUAUGUGCAUUUUCAGUGUCGGUGGACAUUUUUAAUAGCCUACUUUAAUACAAAAAAUUAAGAUCUUAGGAGAAAUGUUUAAAAUUGACAAAAGUCACCCAUCCUGUAAGAGCAGAAUUACGUUAAAUUACCCCACUACUAAUUCCAGUAACACUGUGAGAGAAAAGGAAGCAUUUUAGACAGAUGUCCCCCACUGACAAAAUCUGCUCCAGAGCCCAUUUUGAUGGGUAGCAUUUUCCGACAGAACACCGGUUCCAUCUGCCCUCCAAACGGUGACGUCGUCCUCCACGCCCCAAACACACACCUGUUCACUAACAGGUUGUUUUUGAGAGCGCGUGUGAGGCUGCUCGCUCGGCGCGUGGCUCAGGCAGCAGUGUGGUUUUCAUAGCGCUCGCGCCUUUCAUUGUCAAGCACAGAACAGGUACAUUCAUAAAUACUUCCGGUAGGACCUUUCAAAAUAAUAGCCGAACACAGAGUAUAACUCAGAGCUCUUAAAUGUCAAAACUAGAUUGAAAUGUUUCAUGAAUUCGAUUAGGUACUCAAGUAAGACUGAUGAGAAGUUUUUAUAGACAUUUUAAUGGUUGCCUAGUAAUGAUAUUAAACACUAAAUAGGUUAUAAAUCUGAGUUCAGUUGGAGCCAAAAUACAGAGGAACUGCUAAAUUCACUCUAUUAUUUAUAAUUUAUCUUAGGUAAGAAAGUGGCAAAUCAUCUCAUCCAUAACUUAUAUACGUUUUAACACUAUUUCACGCGAUCACGGUAUUUAACAGUGUGUGUGUGUGUUUGUGUGAGAAUAUAUAUAUAUAUAUAUAUAUAUAUAUCUAUAUAUAUAUAUAUAUAUAUAUAUAUACAUACACACACACACAAUGCACUUUGAAAUAAUAUUAUUUAUAUUUUCCUUUUACUAUAUAUUUCCACUAUUAUUUGGCCUAAUAACCUAACGUUCUGACUUUCAAGCCAGUACAGCUCAGUUGAAUUUGGUUGAUAAAAUAAGAGUGUAAAAGGUGUCAUUCACAAAAGAUGGUAUUAAACAAGUGAAUUUAUUCUAUACUAGUUGCAUAAUAGUAGAAGUGAUCAUUCCAUAGCAUACAAAGCAGCUUUAUUUUUAGUUAAUUUAAGAUUAGGUGUUGGCCACUUGAUGGCAGCAACAAGUUGCCUACAACGACAGAACAAAUACAGAAGUGUCUGUGAAAAAGGAAAACCUCAAAUUAUGACAUGAAAAUGUUUAAAAACGCUUUUUGAAGUCAAGUGAUUGCUGCUGAUUGAGUAAAACAAAGUCUUGUAUGCUUUAAUUUUGAAACGAAAACCGCCCAGUUUCCGGUGUUGCCUAUGGUAACUCCCGCUAAUUCCACACCCCUGGAGCGGCUCGCGCUUCUCCUGCCAGUGGAAUACGGUCGUUUUCAGCAGAGAGAGGACAGAGAGCGGCUUUCUGGGGGGUUUAGUCCCGUUUUAAGACAUUUUUAUCUCUUUUGUUCACCAUGGGAACACAAAGUGACACACCGCGUCCGGUUAAGCCAUUUGGAGGAGCCGUUCAGUGACAGCGGCUGUUCUUUGACUGACAGACAGACCGGUGAGACGUGACGGACAGGUAAACGCUUAUAAAUCAAUGGCCUGGGGACAAUGGUUUAACGUUAGGGGUUUAUUUUGGACUUUACGCCGUUGAAGCUGAAGUAUGGAGCGGUUAUAGCUGGUAAAAAAGCGGAGACCGGAGAGGCUUGCGUCUGGUUUUGUGUGCGCUCCGUCCCCUCCGGUGGACACAACUGAGGGAGACCGGAGACACGGACGGAGACGGUGGGGUGCUGCUGCUGUGUCGGUGUCGGCUAGUUCGGCGAAGACAUGGCAGCGGCUAUCGCCAGCGGUUUGAUCCGGCAGAAGCGACAGGCGAGGGAGCAACACGCCCACCGACCGACGACCCACCGGCGGCGAAAGAGCCCCGGCAAGAAACAGGGGCUGUGCAACGGGAACCUGGUCGACAUCUUCUCUAAAGUCCGGAUAUUUGGCUUGAAGAAGAGGAGGCUACGGAGACAAGGUGUGAGGGGGGGUUGACUAGCCUACACUUUUACAUUCAUACAUAACCACCUUCAUACAUGCACGUCCUUGAUUCUCACACGCACACACCCCAAUCAUGCAUAAACAGGUUGAAAUCCUCACCCUCUCCUUUGAGGUGACACACACACACACACACACACACACACACACACACACACACACACUGUCAUGUCUUGUAGUGCCCUAUGGUUCAGUAGUUUCCAGGUACAUCCAUUAUUGAAGCCACAGAUUAGUCUGUCUAGCCUCUCCCUCUCUCCUUCUGUCUCUCCAUGCAUUUCUUCCUCGCUCGCUCAUUCCCACCUCAUAAUUUAAAAAGCACCACCAGCACCACAAAGACCAGGAAGAAAGGAACAAAAGUAACCCCCCCGCUCCCCUCCUCUUUUAUUCCUUAAUCUCACUUUGUCCAGGAAUUUCCCUGCAAAUAUGUGUAAAUGAGCUUUUUGCAGGGAGAAGUGAUUACACUUGGCGGUAAAUGCAGAUUAAUGAGUGUUGUGACUGUGUGCCAUGGUAAGUAAGCGUUCAAUAGCAGAGGCGAUAAGUGCUGCUGUAAUCAAUUGAUUGUGUGGGGAAACCAGCAGGUGACGGUGUGUAUGGAGGGAGGGAAGGGUGGAGGGAGGAGGAGAGAAGGAGGCAGGAAAUGAAAAGAAGGGAGGAGGGCGUGACAGAGGAAAGGAGAAGGAGGGAGGUGGAGGAGGACGUGAGGAGUCAUGUUGAUGGGGAUUGGUUUUCACCAGUUUGGUCUGGUGAGUGUAGACGGAUCCAAAGGCCGGUUUCCAGUCCUCUUAUCACCUCCUCUGUAUCAAUUCUCAUUCCCCCUCUCUCUCUCUUUUUCCUUUUUGUCCACUUUUUAACUACAACCUCCAUUACCCCCAUUCUUCCUAUUUUUUCCCUUUUUAAAAGCUUUCUUGAAGCUUCAUUUUCCUUCCCUUCUUCCCCUUUUUCUGUCUGUCAGUCUUUACUGCAGGUGAAAAAUGCAAAUAUCCUCCUCUGCUCUCUCCAUCUGUCCUCCUUUCCCAUCUUUUUUCACCAUGUUGACUCUUGUGUCCUCUUCUCUUCUUCCAUUUUGCCACCUUUCACUCCUUUUUCUAAUUGUUCAGCUCCUCGUCACAUUCCUUCCUUAUUUCCAUACUCUCUUGGUUUUCCUAUCAUUUAUCAUCUGUGUUUACCUCCUACAUUUUCAUGUCCAUUUCCUUUCUCUCCCUGCAUUUUCUUUUAUCUUCGGGCUACAUUUACCCUUUGCCUUCCAGGACAAAUGGACAAAUAUCUGCCUCUACCCUCUCGUUUUCUGCUUCAGUCUUGGCACCCAUCAGCUUUCAAAGCUGCUGGGAUUCAUCGUCGACUUUACAGGCAUCUCAUGUAGCCAGGCGCGAGCUAUAAACCACUUCCAGGCAAGAUUUCCUUUUUCUUUGCGCUGAAAAGAGCACAUUAAAGAGCAUCCAAGCGUCAACCUCCAGUUUUGAGAAAUGAAGCUGAUAGAGAAGUGCUAAAAACUGCAGUUCCCGAAGUGUCCACUUGAGGCAAGAGCACCAGAAACCAUGUGCAUAUCGUGCAGGAAAAGUGAAAUUUUGGAGCAGAAAUAAACACGUUCAGUGUUAAUAGAUCAGGGCUCCCAGGGCAGCUGCUGGAUGCAUUUGUUUUAAAUACAUAAAGGUAAGAAAGUGGCAAAUCAGAGGCUCAGCUGACCUGACAGAUAGGCUGUUUGCAAGGAGGUGAAAGGUUCCUCCUGUGGUAGGUUAACUGGAAGUUUUUCAUGCUUCAUUCUCAUCUUGUUUCCCCCUUUUUUCCACUUUACUCAUUUCCAUUCUUCAUUUCUCUUCCCACCUUUCAUCUUUUCCCCCUCACAUGAAAAACCAGUAUUUCCUUACUACUCUCCUUUUCCCCUCAUCCUCAUGUCUUUAUUCUUCCACCCUUCCUCCUCUUCACCCUAAUCUCCCCUCCCUAUCGCAGAUCUUUUCCCUCUUUCCUUCCAGCCCCCCCUCCUUCAUCUCCUCUCCUCGUUUCCUCCUCUCCUCCUCUUGUCCUCAUUAGUUUGCUGCAUUUUCAUCCUUUCCUUCUCUCCUCAUUUUUCUUCUUUUUUUGUCACCUUCCUUUCUUGUAUGCUGUCUACACCUCCCACCCUUCUCUUUUCUCUUUAGCUCGCCUCUCCUCUCUUCGUCUCUACUCAUUUCUCUUCUCAACUCUUUGUCUCUUUUGCAUCGUCUUUUUUUCAUGUAACAUCAUCAUGUUUUUCUCCUCUUUUCAUAGCACUUACACCCCAUCUUUAUGCCCUCCUUUUCCCCACUGCUCCUCUUUUCCUCCUUUAUUUACAUUUGCAUAUCUUCAUCCAUUUUCUAGCCUCAUUUCUCCUCCUUCUCUUUCCCCACCUUCUUCUCAUCUCACAAUUGUGACGCCCUUUAUUCUUUCCCUCCCUACUUGAGAUCUUUUCAUCCCCCCUUUCAUUCCUUUUCUCCCUUUUUCACCUUUCUCUAUUACCCAACCUGCCAUCUCCUCUUCCACCUCCUCCACCUCCUCCUCUUCAUCUAAUCAUUCUAUUACUCUUCCUCCACUUCAUCCUAAUCCUCUAUUUCAGCCUGAGAUCUUUUUAUUCCCCCUUUCCUUUUUAGUAUUAUUUUUCAUAACACACAACAACCUCUUCAUUUCUCCCUUUAUUCAUCACCAUUCCCAUUUUACUCUCUCUUUCCUCUUUUGAUCUUUCCAUCCUUGUUCCUUCUUUUUCUGUUUUGGGAAGAAAAGACAACAGAGGUCCUCUUUUAUCUCCUCUCCUUGCUUCCUUUCCUGUGUCCUCCUUUCAGCAUGUCCAGUUUCCUUCCAUUAUUACCACUUAUCUCUCCCUUACCUGUCAUCUUCACCUCCUCCUCAUUCUCAUCACAUUAUUCCACCUUUCUUUAUCCCAAUCAUAAUCAUCUUUUCAUACCUUACAUCUUUUCAUCACCUCUCCUCUCUUUAUCUUUUUGUCAUCUCCUCUUCUCACCACCCCCCACCACCACAUACCUUUUCAUCCCCUCCUCCUUUACUUUACCUUCCUCCAUACAUCUCCUCCUAUACCUCCUGCCCUCUUUCUUUUCUUCCCUUGUGUUUCCAGCCGUAAAUUCUGUCGGUGAAAGCUUGACAACAUCAGACACUAUAUUCACUCUGUGUUUGCGUGUUGCUGUAUGUGUGGAAAAAUUUUCCUCUCCUGUCUUCCAGAGGUUUUGCGAAGGAGAGACAGACAGCCCGACUUGGACUGAUCUGAAUUCUUCAUUACUCGAUCAAAGAUGAGGUUCAAUACGGCUUCAAUUUGCAUGCUGGAGCUAGACUGACAGAGGGAAUAUUGGUUCUUAUUAAAAAUGUGAUAUCAAUCCACUUCUGCUCUGAUGGAAACUCCUUCUCAUCUGCAGCUAGUUCAAGUGUGUUGUUAUUGUUUGUAAUUCAUUGUCUGAGAGCAGAAUGGAUUUUAAUGAAGUGGAGGGACUUUACUAAGCAGUAUUUUUAUGGUGAAUUCUGCUGUACUUACAUCUGUAUUCUACCUAUAUUUUAUUUUCCUUUUAUACUUUUUGGCGCUUUCUCUUGUAGGUUACGGCAGCCAGUGGAAGCAAAACCAGCUAUACUAGCUGAAAAAGCUGUUUUUUUAAGGUCCUUACACACUGCGGCCGACGUGAAUAUAGAACGCAAAAUUACGAAAUAUUUAGAGGAGAAUUUUGACGCGCCUGACUAUACACAUCAAGCCCGAUGCGAUUUUGCGACUUUCUGGGGGGGGGGAAGACGCGUCCCGGGUGGAAGCAAGAAGACUGACACAACACCAGACUGACUGUUUUUCAGUUCUGAUGAGACACUAAUGUUGAGACGGCUGUCUGUAGCAUGUAGCAUACUAUUCUGCUGGACUAUAGAUAGCAUUUACUGAGUCGGGGCCAGUACCAGAUAAGCACAUUAAACUAUAAUCCAUAAACGUAAAGUAAGUUCUCAAACACGGGUCAGUUAAGAUAUAACCCCUUCAGUUUUUCUUGUGUCUCAGUAAAAGAUGAAUUAAAAACAUAGAAAAAAGAUACAUUUUGGCUUCAAGGCAGUGAAACAACUGGGUCCAGAUUUGUCCUUUACCUCGACCCAAAGGUCUAUAUCUGAAAGGAUACUUUCCAUAGACAGUUUUAAUGACGCUCGAGCCUAUCCUUGAUUUAAGAAAGCACAUUUUUUCUGGCUGUAGUCGUAUUUUCCCUUGAAAAAGUGUAUUUGUUACAACUCAUCCCAUGACUGCUGGAGCAAAACUAAAACUUUUGUACCUGGUGCCCCCCGAAAAAUAUCUAUUCUGUCAGGUUGAGGUAUUUGAGUUCCCUUCAAGGGCUGCUAACUUGACUUUUCAUCUCACUGUGAUAAACCAAUUUAACAGAAAUUUUUACCACUCUAACACCGGCUUUGCUAGCUUUGUUCAUAAAAUAAACCAAGAAAAUUCCCACUGGCUGAGUCACAACACCAACCAGUAAAGGUACUCUGGCACUAAAUGUUGAAAAAGGAUAAGCUGUAAUAUACUGUACCUGACAGGGUUUGACGCCAACAGAAAGACAUGUAUAACAGGUUUAAUCCAGCUCCAUGUAAGAAACAAAACCGUCUACAGAAUGUUUGAAAGAUCAGAUGAAAUGUAAAACAACCUGAUGGUCCGAUUACAAGAUAAGAAACACCACAUGACAUUUGCAGCACCUUCCUUUGCCUGUGAGUCACACAAGCAAGUACAGAGAGAUUAAAAUGUGGCUGAUUUCAGAGUGCAUGGAACUGGCAGCAUGUGUGCUGAUUUCUGUUCAGUUCUGACGGAGGGAUGCUGGGCAGGUGAACUGUUAUGCUGAAUCAAAAAAGCAGCAGAAAUAUCACAGCUGUCACUCGGAAUGAUAUUUACUUAAUGCCUGAAAAUACAGAAUGUACUGUUCUGUUUGCAGAGGAGAGUGGAUAGAAAAGAGAAAGGAACAAGGAAAGGAAAAUGUUCUUACACUCAGGGCUGUGAUUGUUUUCAUCAUGCAGAAGUACGUUUAUUGAAUUGUUAAUCUUGAAGCCUGUGGCUAUGCUUUAAGUGUCUUUUAGGUGGUCAAAAAGAUCUUUAAUUGGCGCCUUUUUUUAACAAGUCAUCUCUAAAACAUUUUGUAUAAUGACUUGUCUCCUGGAGCUCACAUAUCAGGUCAGUUAGCUAUUUUAGGAGGGAAUAACAGACAUUCAGGUUUUGCAUCAUGUUGUAAGCCAGGGGAUGUUGCAUGGAAACUGAAAAAGGCUGCUUGGGGUCAAAUGAAGCAGGACUUAAUCCCAAGGGUCCCCUGACUAACAAAAAGUGAAGGUCGGGUGAGGAGUUAUGCUGCGUUCAAGUUACCUUGGAAGUCAGAUGUCGGAGCUGAAAAUGACAUCAAACCCGAGUUCCCAGCGUUUCAGUUACCAAGUUGAAAAAGCAAAAUCUGAGGCGGAAACAAGAUAGUGAUAUCUACGAAAGUUGUUUUAGGGCUUGCCUUGUCCAAAUAUAAGGCAAACACUAAAAUAACUCUUGUAGACACCCGAGUUACACACGUUUUAGUUACCAAGUUGGAAAAAAGCAAAAUUGGAGGCGGAAACAAGAUGGUGACAUCUAAAAAAGUUAUUUUAGUGCUUGCUUGCUCGUCUGAAUAUAAGGCAAGCGCUACAAUAGAUGUAGCCAUCUUGAUUUAAACCUUUAAUUUAGCUUUUUUCCGACUUGGUAAUUUAAACUCUGGUAACUUGGGUGUGACGUCAUUUUCAGUUCCGACAUCUGACUUCUGAGGUAACUCGAACGCAGCAUUAGCCCAUGCUUAAUAGCAUUUUGCGGCAAAACUAUGUAGUUUAGUACAGGCUGUCAUGUCAGGGGUAGGGUCAGAGUUUGUUUGAAUACUUGUCACAUUCAUCAAGAAAAAAUAAAAAAACUAUUCAAGCUGAAAAAAAAAAAAACAAAAGAAUAUCCUUCGAUGAGACUGAAUUAAUGGUGAAAUGAGGCUAUGAGAAAGUGCCUGCCUUGUAUACCUUGUAUAACCACCUGUUGCAGCAACAUCCCCAGCAUUGUGCAAAAAGUCAUGUUUGACCUUUUUUGGAUACAAUAGGAACAAUUAUAUUGGGGUAACUGUACCCUGAGACCAGUUUUUCAUGAUCAUACCAGAAAUCCUUUCAACUCCAAGCUUAUUAAGCCUCGUACACCUUUGGCCAAAGUGCUGUAUCAGUUCCAGGAAGGUUUCUGCUGUGACGGUGGCGGGGGGGCUUUUUUAAGUACCUCUUAGUGGCGGUGACGAAGAGCAGGAGAUUGACUUCUGGGAAAGGUGCUGUGCCUGAAGAGGGAGCUGGACCACAGAGCUUUUGACAUGGCAAUUUGUUGAUUUGUUGUGUCACACCCUUGCACAGGGCUGGAAAGAGCGCACAGUGAGCAAAGGGCUGAGGUUAUGGAUGUGCCGAAAUUAUGAUUCAUCGCCGCUCACCUUGAUAGGAACAGGCUGCACCUUUUUGGAGCCUCCUUGUGAGGCUUUGACGAAAUAAAAUACAGGCUUAACUCAGAAAACUGUCAUUUAAAACCAGCAGUUAUGAGUCUCUAUGAGGAGAAAUAUCCUGUGAAUUCUUGCGUAAUGCACAACCAAAAAAACAAAACAUGUGAAAGUCCAAAACAAAUGCAGGGGCGGAAACACUCUGCAAAUGAUAUAACGUGCAGCCAAAAGCUGAAAUAACAGCAAAUACUCUGCAAGUACAUCAUCAAGCCAAAGUGAAAAACACUUAAGAGAAGAUAGAACUGUAAAAGAUAGAUGCUGCAUUUCAAGAGCCUUUAAUAUAAGUGCAUCUGGCAUGUUGGGACGCAAAGUGACCCAGCCUUACUGUUGAUGGGAUGCAGAAGACCAGACACCAAAUGUAACUGUCAUUAGACCGUGUUACAAUGAAUACAUCAGGGGCAGGGUGUAUCUGAUGAAUGUGUCUGGAUGUCUGUACUAAAACACAACUUUAAAAGCACCAAUUAAAAAGUCUAAAAUCUUUUGCGUUUGUUUUCAGCUUUUUGUUCCAUGUCAAUUUGCAGUACGUUUGCUGGAACUGCAGUUUCUGCCGCGCUUCUUUUCAUUGCUGUUGAAGAUCUUCCAGCCAUUACAGAUCUUCUGCUCUCGUCAAGAUCUGACAUUCAUAUCUGCUCUACUCAGAACAAAAAAUAAAUAAAAAACGAUGAAAACCAACAACAAAAGCCUGUAUUUUUUCACGUCAAAGCCAGGGUUACUGAUUAUUGUUAUUCAAUGUGGUUGUCGCUCUGUGGCUCUGUUUGUCUAUACGUGUUGGACUGGCUAUCUAUAGAGGGUGCCCCCUUGCUUUUCGAUCAAUGCAUAAUAAUAAGCAGAGAUAGUAAAUCAAUAGCUGCCAUCAAUGUUUGCCUCAGAGAUGUAUUUCUGUCAAUGCAGGAAAAACCUCUGAAUGAGUUAAGAAGCGAUGCAUGCUUUAACAAGAUCGGAGUAUGACGUCUCGUAGGGGAAAACUACAGCGUAUGGAUAUUGAUCAUUGAUUAAAGAGGAUAAAUAAUAAACCGACUGCGUCACUGUGAACAUUUGAGACAUGAGAGACGUUUGCUAAAGCUGAGCAAGAUCUGAAUGUAGCAGCAAGCGUAUUUCAGCAAGGAAGUCUCCUCUUUUCAGCUCUGUAGGAGUUUCUGUAAUCACUAAUCACUCUGAUGUUAAUGAGGAUGAAAUGGUUGCAUUCAGUGGCUGCUUUUUCACUCCAGUGCUGCCAUUUGGUGUGUGUGUGAGUGUAUGUGUGUGCAGAAAAAAAAGACAAGAGCAGGAGAGAGAGAGCGACUUUGCUUGUGAGAAACACCCAUGUUGAUAUUUUAUCCCUUGUUAAACGCCGUAUUUAGACUCAGACUGAGGCGAAUUAGCAGACAAUACGACAUGUCAAAUCAGCUCAACGGUGUGACAAGCUGACUGAUUGAAUCAGAUCACAUUAUGGUGGAAAUACAGCUUAGUGUCUGAGUGUUGGUGUGUGUGUGUCUGUGUGGAUGGGGGAAUACCCUUUCACUGGAACAGUCUGGAAUCACGAGGCUGUUGCUGUGGCAACGCGAGGAUGGGAAUUUCCCUAGUAACAAGACGGGGAUGCUGGUGAUGCUGGGAAGAGUGGGCACAUACAUCACCUUGAGGAAUGUGGGAAUGUCACCGUGGCUGGAAUAUGAAUAAAGGGAUAAGUGGAUGCUAGGUGGAUGAAUAGGCACAUAAAUAGAUGAUGAGGUGAUGCUGAGUGGUUGCAGCAGGGCGCUUCAAUGCGCGGGGUUAUCGUCUUCUCAUCUGUCACAGCAGGGAUUUAUACAAACACAACAACAAUGAGACCAUUUGUGGGGCUGCAGAUUACUUUUAUUUCACUAUCUGUCGAUAAUCUGUUCAUUGUUUAGCCGAUUUCAUGGCAAAAAAAACAGAGAAUUGUUCGUCACAAUUGCUCAGAGUUAAAAAUGACAUCUUCACUUUAGGUCUUUUGUCCAAACAUCAGGCCAAAACCCAAUGACUCUUUGUUUUCUCUCACAAAUGAUGCAGGAAAUCUUGACACUAAAGACUCUAAAAUUCAAUUUUUAUUUGUGUGCAACUGUAAUUCCAAUGGACAGCACUGUUUUUCUAAGAUGGUAAAAUGGUGCUAUACCAAGAAACAUGCAAAAACUAGGGUUGGGUAUCGUUUGAUUUUGAACGAUUCCGAUUCCAAUUUCGAUUCCUCAUUUCGAUUCCGAUUCCUAUCGAUUCUCUAAUUCGAUUCUUUUAAAAGGCAGGAUAUCAAAAAGAAAAAAGAAAAAAAAAGCAUGGUUUGAAUGAGGGUGCUAACCGGGGCUCUUCUUUUUGGAUGAAAUUUCUGAACUUCUCCAUGAAUUUUUAAAUCCUAUUAACUUUUUAAGAACUUUACUAUGGAUUUCUCACAGAGCUAUUUUCAACCAGUAUAUAAAUAUCAUUUUUUGUUUUCAGGUCGUUUGUCUAUGAAAAAGCACAAGGGCUAACGUUAGAUGGAUAUUUAAGUUUACUCACCGUACACAGUUCAAUUUCUUUACCGUUCAAAGUUAGCAGAGGACAGAAGUCAUUUAUUGUUUCACUUAUCUGAUCCUGACUGGUUAGCGGAAGACAGGUGUUGUGCUGUAGAAUGCACCCCUGCCGUAGAAUGCCUCCCCUACACUGAUUAGCUUCUUAGUGGAGGUAAUAUGAUCUCAUAUUUAAUAAAACACGGGUAUUAGAUCAUGAAAACGUGUCAAAUGGAGCAGUAAACUUUCGUUUUGUUUGUAUGUGUCUCAAAAAUGCACACAUAAAGGUGUACUUGGGUAUAUAAACUGUAGAGUAAGCUGUUAAGGUAGAGAACAUUAUAUUUUCAGGACAGUAAAUAUUCCGAAUCAGAGGUCUAUUGUUUUCGGCAUAUCUGAAUAGCCUGAAUGAAAUCAUUAAAGGCACACGCUUUAGAUUCCGUCCAACGGUAAGAAAAACUUGGAUUGUUUCGCCUUGUUGUGUACUUUCAACCGCGCUCCCGUCAGGGGUGCAUUCAACAGCAGGGGUGCAUUCUCUGGCACAACACCGGCGAAGCGCGUCAAAGACGAGCACUCGGGUAUUUCUCCUCCAUGAAUCCUGAGGUGUUUAAUCAUGUUGGUCGUUUACCCUCCUUUGCAUGAUAUAACUGUAUUGCUAAUGUUGCAUUGAGAUAAGAGUUCAUUCUUCCUGCUAAAGUUAGCCAAACUUUUGACCAACGAAGAAGAAGCUGCCGAACACCAACGAGGACGGAGCGUAUGAGACGAAGCCACACAGAGAGAGGAGAGAGACAGAGAGAGAUUACAUUGUAACCCACAGCGGCUGCAUUGCUGUGGGUUGCAAUGUACUUUCUCUCUCUGUCUAUCUCCUCUCUCUGUGUGGCUUUGUCUCAUACGCUCCGUCCUCAUUGGUGUUAAGCGGCUUCUUCUUCGUUGAUUUUCGGCGGCUAUUUCUUCCGGUCGGUGGACUCUGGCAUCGAAACUUGGAAUCGAAAUUUUAAUAUUUGAACGAUACCGGAAGAAUCGAAGUUUUAGUCCCGAUUCCCAUCGAUUCUCGAUUCUCGAUUCCCAACCCUAGCAAAAACAGACAGUUUUGAAAGUACAAAAAUAUGAAGCUUGUAAAGUACUGUUUAACUCACCAGUCUGUAAAUAAAUGCAGUCUUUCAAAGUGCAAAGACAAAAGCGAUUAGGCACUUCCGUAAACUUGAGUCUUGUUUUAAGUGUUUCGUUAUGGUCAUUGAUUUCUUUAUGCUUCCCUGAGGUCUUGUUUUACGGCUUGAUGGUAUCUAUAAGAGUGCCCUGCAUCGGUUUUAUUUGGCUUUGACUACCUUUGCAAAGACAGAUUGACGUUUUUACCAAACCAUGUGUUAAUUUUGCAAGUUUUGCACAGCUCAAAAUAUUUCCAGAAAGCAGACGUAUAUUUCCGUUGUAAAUUCAAACUGUCAGAGCAGCUGAUAGGCAUGACCAAACAGGCUCUAAACAAUCAGAGAAGGAGUUAAAACAUAAAACUUAAGUUGUAACAAAUACACAUGAUCCCAGCAGUGUUGUUUUCGUUGAUGAAAUAUUUAAUCAACACCCUUUUUUUCACGACGAAGAUGUGACAUUGACAAGCUAAUCAUAAGUCUUAGAUGACUAAAAUGCGCGUUUACGUUGACGAGACGAGACGAAAAGGUAGUGGUGGACGACAAACAGAGUUGCAAAAUUCAUGAGCAUUUCGUCAAACGCUCAACAUAUAUUCUGCAACACUGGAUCCCAGGUCGCAGCCUUUGUGAGGUUAUAAAAUUACAUAUUUUAACAUGCAGCUAAUUUUGAAAUCUAAAAAAGUUAUUUUAUUUUAUUUUUUUUUAAGAGAAAAUGCAAAAGUUAUGAUUGCUGUGGAUGGGAUCUCUUAAUUUCAUAUCUGUAUUUCUUUAAUGACUAACUUAAUCUAGUAGUCUUCAUUGCUUAUUUUUUAGUCAGUUUCAUGGUAAAGAAAAAAACAAACUCCUGGCAUUAUUCAUCACACUUCCCCAGAGCAGAUAUAACAUCAUCAAUUUUGCUGAAGCCAAGCAAAAUUCACAAGUCGGCAAAGAUUCUUUAUUUACUGUCAAAAAUGACAAAAGAAAAGCAUCAAAGUAGCUGAUAUAUGGUUGUCUGGGUAGACUGGAGUGUCAGUAUCAAUACUGAAAGGUUAUUUUUAUUAUUUUGCAGCAUAUAAAUGUUUACUACCAUAAUAAAUUUGACUGUUUUGAAAAUUCCCUACGGCUGAAUCGCAGCACCAGCCAGAAAUGUUUUUUCGAUACAACAUGCAGCCUCUGAAAGGCACCUGCGGUAAUAUGUCAGACUGGUUCAAAGCAAACAGAAAGAUGGAUAUAUAAACCUCCACUCUCCUCUAUACCCACAGCUCCUAUUUAGCAACAUCACAUACCUGAAAAGACAUUUAAUGUGAUGUUUUAAUCAACAUGCAAGCAAAAUAUACAAGAAAUGACACCUCUUGAAUUUUCUGUAACAGAAUUUUGACAGUAUUGACCAUGAAAUAUUGGCUUUCGGUGGCUUUGAUGUGAAAAUAAAUCAUCAAAAAAAAUCCCAUCUGCUGAGUCACGACACCAGCUAAGAAAGGUGUUCUGAUAUUAUAUGACGCAGCUGAGAAGUGCCAGACAGGGUUUAAAGCCAAGAGACAGAGGGAGGGAUAAAUGGAGGUCUAAUCCAGCUGCAUUUAAGAAACAUUUAAGACUUAACGUUCACUUUUACAGAUCAAACUGAUGCCUCUAUUGAGGGAUUUAAUUUUCCUGUUUAUGCUCCUCCCAAACAAGUGCAAAGAGAACACAUUUGUUGUAUGUGUGUUGAGUUCUGUUCUGCUCUGAUGCUGGGAAGGUGAACUACAACGUUAAAUCAAAAAGCAGCAGAAAUAUCACAGCUGUCAGUUGGAAGGGUUUUUACACAGCACAACAUAUGGUUUCUGACAACACUAAAAACCCACUAAAAAGUAAAAAAGGCUGCGUGAUAUCAAACUCUCUGUCAGUUCUUCUCAAAUGCCAGACACUUUGCACAUCAAAGUUGCUUUUAAGAGAAUAAAAAUGGUAGAGAAAAAUGGAUUUGAAUUGGACCAGAUAUUCAACAUCAUCUUCUUUCUCUCAGUCUUUGAAGCUACAGAUGUUUGGUACAGAUGCAGAUGAGUCACAUGUAAAAGGAGUAAAAAAUAUUCAAACCAGUCUGAAGUUUUAAAUGAGAGAAUUUAUUUCUUAUGAGUGAACGUUCAAAUUUUUUUUUGUUAUUUGUUUAUUAAUUCAAGCAGCUUUUGAGAUUCGAACAGCUACUCUGUUUGUCCCAUGUGGUUUCUUUAUGCCUCUGAGAGAAAACCUACAUUUUUGCAUGGUGGAAUAAACGCAGUGUUUUAGGUUGUCAUUUUUGGGCUUUUUGGACACUGAUUUUUCACCAUUUUCUCAAAUAAUUACGAACAUCAAAUUUUUUUCACAUUAUGAUUAAUAUUCUGGUUUCCUAUAGCCUCACAUCCAUGUAUGAUGUGCAUACGUAGAGAUCAGUUCAGGUGGAUUUUACCUUAUUUUUAAUUUUUUGUUUUAAAUUAUGAUUAAUUAUUGACAGCAGAACAGGCUAAACAGCAUCCAAUCAGGCACUGGAUGCGAAGCUUCACCGCUCCUCUUUGCUUCUUCUCCCUUUGCUGCACAAGAUGGAUCUGUCACAGCUAUGGAAAACACCCCUCCUUGCUCUCUUUCUCUCUCUCUUCCUCUCCUACACACACUCACACACUCUUAAAAAAAACUGGGUCAGUCUUUGCUUUUUUCCCCCCAUCUCUGUGCAUUAGGGUAUACCUCCACACAUUCCCUCUCUUACACACACAUGUUCAAAGGGGAUUCCCACCCUGCUUUGCUGAGCCGCUGCCAAAGGCAAAGUCCCUGAUUUUAUAGAGCGAGGAUGGGUGUGGCUGCAUGGAAAUGUGUGUGAGGACUGGGAGCCAUGUUAAAUAAUCAGUGUCACACCAGCAUGAGUGUGUGUGUGUGUGUUUGUGUGUGGAAAUUGUGUGCAAUCUGCAGCAGAAGGUGUGAUGAAGGUGAUGGGAAAAUGCCUGCCUGUACCUGCCGAGAAACCAGGGCUGUUAUAUCACCUCAUGCUUGUUCUCCAUCUUUACUGAGUGGCUGUCAGUCAUUACUCUCUCUUACUAUGAUUGAAUUUAGACCCAGAAAUAAACAGAAUUUUUGGACCAACCAGAUAAGGACUUUACAGAAAAUAAUAACUGAUAGAAAGAAUUUUAGAGAGCAAUAACUUCAACUUUUUUUCCACUAUUUCCUUUAUGCGAGGGGGCUCAAAAGCUGCUGUCGUAUAUCGAUAUCUUCAAAGAAAGGAAAAUGCAGAUGCAAAAAAGAUAUGCUGAUCUGCAAAGCAUACAGCAUGUGGUGCAAACACUGCGAAGGUAGUCUUAGGACCAGAAGGUCUUAGGGCGCGUUCACACCACCCUUGUUCAGUCCGGUUGAACCGAACCCUGGAGCGUUUACCCCCUUGGUUCGGGUCGGUGUGAACGCUGACCUCGAACUCUGGUGCGGACCAAAUAAAUGAACUCUGGUCAGCCUGAAUAGGUGGUCUCGGACUGCUAUCAAGUGAACUCUGGAGCGGUUCAUUUCUGGUGUGAACGUCAUCCACACCUAUCACAGGAUCACGCCAUUUCACAGUGUUGGUUGUUAAAUAAAUGUUGUCCGCUCACCGCACUUGUCCCGUUUGACACCAGAGAGAAAACGCAUUGUGGUAGGCUCUCAUUAAUGCCUGCUACUUUACAGUAAAAUGCACAUAUUUCUAGAAAAGCAGUAACAUUAAAAAUCCAGAUAAUAAUAAAUGAAUAAAUUUGAGUAUGAACCGGACUAUCAAAUUGCUUUGUUUUUACAUUUGUUUCCAAAAGCAAAAACCAACCAGAAGUCAAAACUAAAGGCUCACUAGCUGCCAUGGCGUGACACAACAGUGUCACACCAGUUUAAUAAUAAGGACACAUUAUAUCGACCACUGUGAUUGGUGAAUGCCAAAUUAUUUGCCCAUAGGCUGACAUCUGUCAACAGGCUGAGUAUCAGCCAAUACUUAUAGUUAGCUGUGAAAGCUCAAAGCUGUAGCUUGACUGGCUGCUAUGUUUAUUUCUGUUGUGUGAAAGUCUCCCUACCGAGGAAAAGCAUUGAGCAGCCUUAGAAUAAAGUUAUUACUGUUAUUUUCUUUUUAAAGAAUGGAAUAAAACCUAGAGACCAUCGUAGAGCUCAGUGGAUAGAAAGUAAACAGACUAUGGUGGAAAGAAAGCCAGGAUGAAGCUCCUCUACACCAUCAAAGUUUCAGAAAUUAUUUAUCACUGUUAUUCAAGUGGAACAAUGACCAUGAGGGAAGGAUUAGUCCAACAAUCCUGUAAUGGAUUGGACAUGCCUGACUAGUCUCCGCACAGGAAAUCCCUCAGGAUGCAGCAAGUGGUCGCAUUGUUCUUAAACCACAAACUGCAUCCCAAAUGGGCUUUACAAGACUGAUGAUUUCUGGGCACAAGUUCAUAGAUUUAAUCUUACAAAAUCAUUCUGCCAAAACUGAAAAAAGCUCUCUAAUCUGAUUUUAAGAUGACUUAAUUUUCACUCUUUUCUCCCCUCCCACUUUGUCUCUUUUUAUGUUUUUCCAGAACCACAGCUGAAGGGCAUAGUAACCAGGUUGUUCUGCAGACAGGGCUUCUAUCUCCAGAUGGGCCAGGAUGGAAGUCUGGAUGGGACCAAAGACGACAGCACCAACUCAUGUAAGGACACACACAUCGAUUCAUACCAAAUACAACCAUGGAUUUAUGUUUAAUGAGGAAAAGUAAGUUCAGUGGAAUUAGAUUGUUCUUUUAAUAAAAUGAACCAGACCAGCUGCGCCCCGCCUGCGCUGAAAGCUGACCAGGUUUGAAUCGGCGAGCUUUCAGCGCACUUUCAGCGCUGGUUCUGUCGACACCUCCCCCUACCGCACCACCACACCCAGGUUGGCGGACCUCUGUGCGCCUCAGUCUACGAAAAUACCAAACUUGCUGGGCGCCGGGCUCUGCCAGACAAAAAUACCACUGUGCGGGGUCUGCCACCCUCCACCGCGCCACCGGCAGGCACAUAAAUAGAGCCCUAUACCUUAAAAGACUGAUGAGGAAUUCCCAGUUGUUUUGAGUUUGUGGAGAAAGCAAGUGAUUUCACUCUGUGCUGGUUUUAUCCUGCACAUGCAUCAGCAGUAUUUUUGUCGAACAUUUGUCCUGAUUUCAAGAGUCUUGAAUUCAUAUUAAAAUGAAUCUUGGAUAUGAAAAAAGACCCUUUUGCUUGAAGCUUUUUUCAGCUUUUGUGGGUCGUAACAAGGCAUGCGUAAGAAUCCCAGUCUUUUUAUUUCCAAACUCCCUGCCCUCAUGUUUUUGACCCAUGUGAAAAAACUAGAAGUGGACUCAGAUACUGUGGUGUCAGAGAUCAGAGGUGAGUGCACAGAGCCCCGCUGACAUUCUGUAACACAGUAACAAUCAUUACUGUUCAUCAAAAAGUGUCAAAAGGGCCGGGCUGAGAAUAACAAAUCUGUCUGCUGCUUCAGCACCACGGACAGCACCAUGGAUUUAUCAAUAUGCAAAGAGGUGAUAGAUUUUAACCUGCACAAACCUCAGUGAGAGGAACAAUCAAUGGGUCAACACGCUACGCUAACUCAUCAAACUGAACGGUCUCCUAACUCCAUACUUGGUUAAGAUGGAUAAGAGGAGAGGCCUUUGUUUCUUUCUGUCAGCACGACUUAUUUAUGCAAAAGUUUUUGAAACGUUCCUUUAGUUUUUAGAUUAGUCUCCAACGGGCUAAAAUUGGCAGAUGUAAUCAGCUCGCCAAUAAAUCGGUCGGACCCUCAUAAAAACAAACUUAAAACUGUAUUUUGCUCUAAGGUUAACCACUGAUUUUGUCAGAGAGGUCUCUGAAGUAGACACAACCCCAGUGGUGAAGCAGCUGUUUCUGCUUUGAAAAAUUAUCCUCACCACAAAGAGGAAAUGUCAGUCUCUGUGGGGAUCCUUUCUAAUAUGCUUCAACAUACUGACAUUCUUUUUUUUUAUGCAAUUGUACAUCAAGAUCACGGGUUAGCCAUUUCAACCAAUUUUGCAGCUGUGGUCAGAAGCUAUUUGCUGCAGUAAUCAACAACUUUUUGCACUUUUUAGUAAUUUUUAGACCCUAAAAUUUAAAUCAAAGCUGAAGUUCCUGUGUUUACAAGAAACUUGCUGAUGUAUUGUCUGGCUUCACCAUCAAACAUUCAAGACACCAUUUUUCUUAUACGGGUGUUGAUUGAAUUGGAAUAUUCUAGACAGGAAGAUAGAGGCUAAUGAGGCAGUAAUUUUGUUUUCAUCACGGGCCCAUCUUGGCCACUGUGUUGGACUGAGAGCUACAAGUGGUUGUUGAGAGGAUUUUAUUUUUUAAGGAGGAGUUUAUUGGACCUCUGCUCCGGACUCUGCCCUCAGGGAGGAGCUGCAGAUGGACGGCUUAUUGAUUAAUGCAGCCUCUGCUGUAUUCUGAGAGAAAAUCAAAUGCUAAUCACUACAGCCGGCAUCUCACUGGUUCAAAGUGUCCUCUCCACAUUGGCAGAGCCAUCCUCGUGUUGUAGCAAUGUCCCUCUUGUUUACUAUGGCUUUCUCUUUCUAUUUUGGCCAAUGUCUUUGAAUUCCUUUUUUGGCAAAUGUCUUCAUAUCCAUUUUUAAAAUAUCUUCCACAGCUCGAUUAGAAAGCAUUCACUGCAGCUCAGGCUUGUUGCUCUCCACUUGUUUGUCCGUUUAAAUGUUGGAUUCAGCAGACAGGGAACAUCAGUGACAUUUUAGCAGCUUUUAAACACGGGCUUGUUAAUCAGCUGGCUGCAUAUCUUUAUGUUAAUGAAGGCUGUGGUUUAAAAGUGUGAUGUUUAUUAAGGAUGAUUACUCGCAGGUGUACUCACGCACAUUAUACACUUUUCCAGCUCAUCUCUGAACACCGAGUGCGUCAUUAAUAGAGAGAUUUAAUGACUAUUUCUGCGCAGCCUUGAUUAACAAAGAUUGAUGAUUGGUGUAAUCAGGUCUGGAAACAGCGACCUUAGUCACAGUCCUCAUUACAGGUCAUUGUUGAGUCAUGGCUUCAAAACAUACUCAUCACACAGUCGUCCAUGUUCAGAUCUCUUUCUGCAUAUAGACACAAAUAUGACAACAUACUUAUACAAGCUAUUUCCAAGCAAAAAAAGUGAAAAGUUUACUGCUCCAAGCAUCAAUAACACAAACAAAGAGUCUAUUAAAAAUUUCAAGCAAAGGAUGGACAAAAAUGCUCAGUCAGAAUGUCCCUUUGGACUUUUGUGGACUAUUUGUGAUGUUCAUUUAACACUUUAUAGACUAAAAAUUAAUAUUGAAAAUAAAUGAAAAAUCCAAUAUUGAGAAAAUCUUUCCUUAGAGUAUCCCUGCUCCUGAAAAAGGUUGAUCACCUUGUCGUUCUUUACCUGGCCACGGACAGAUAAUUGAUGGUAAAAAUAGGCACAAAGGAAGUCAUUUAGACCCUUUAAAUGACACUUUAAGCCAUUACAGAGCUUGAUAACGAGCUGAUCAUUUGAAUCAGGUGUGUUGGAGCAGGGAAACAUCCAAAACAUGCAGGACAGCGGGCCUCGAGGACUGGACUUGAGAACGACUGGUCUCGAUUAAAAAGCCCUGCACGCAGCCUGUCAUGACCAGGAGUCGCUUCUUUACCCCAAGAAAUACGAGCAACAAACAUUUCACUUCUCACAUGGUUGAACUUCAAGAGAAGAAUCACGUUCUGUUUGUUUUUGUCCUCCUCAGCUCUGUUUAACUUAAUUCCUGUGGGUCUGAGAGUCGUGGCCAUCCAAUCAGUCAAGACCGGCCUCUACAUUGCCAUGAACGGGGAGGGUCACCUCUACUCAUCGGUGAGCAACAACAAAAACGCACACACACACACACACACACACGGUGCCUUGUUUUAGUUGUGCUUAAGUUUUAUUGCUUUUAAUCUUCAAGGUUGCUGUUAAGGAAAACAAGGAAAAGAAAUAAGGGCUGUAUCUUUGCAUAUUUUAUGUUUCAAAUCAACAAAAGGUGCAAAAAGUUUGAGAUUGCCUCAGAGGCUGGCUGCAAAGUAAUCUUACUGGGAAAAAAAGUUCUCAAAAAAGUACAUUCACUGAAAAUGCUUGUUGUGUCUCUGACGGAUUCAGAUUUUUACUUUAGGUGUUGAAAAUAUUACUUUUUGUGUAGGCAGGAACAUUUUUUUACAAACUCAACUGAAAAACCUUCAUUUCACUGUGGAGCUGUUUGUCUAGUUGUUCCACGAUCUGUUCCUCCUUAAUUUCCCACUCAAAUAAUCUGAAUUUAUGAACGAAAAUGCAAAAUAAAAACACAAAAGCUCAAUUAUACAGACCUCUGUUGAGUCAUAGGCAUUGAUAAGAGACACACACACGACAAAAGAAAAGACGGGAUUGAAAACGGUGAGCUAAAAGAUGGUGGAGAGCAAGUGGAGUGCAAGUAAGAUGGAGGAGAAGCGGUGGGCCGGGUGUAGAUCUGCUUGAGAGGAAUAUGAAUUAUUUCAAUGCUGACUCUUCAGAGAGAGUUCACACUCGUUCUCCCUGACAUCAUCCCUCCUUCCUCUCCUCCGUUUCUUCUUUCUCUUAGUGGGGAUGACAGCAGACAAAAAGGAGGGGCAGAGGAGGUUAUAGGAGGAGACGAGUGGAAAGGAGAGGUGAUAGAGAGAGGGGACAAGGGAAUGGUAAUGGAGGGGAGGGGAGGAGAUGAAAGGAAGGGAAUGAAAAGGGAGAGGUGAGAAGGAUAAAGGUGAGGCCAGGACAAAUUGUGAAAAAAGUAAGAGAAGAAAAGAUUAGGUGGGUGGGUGAGGAGCGGAGGUGACGGAGAAAUAGGACAAGGACAAUAAGAGGAAACGAUUGGAGGCAGAGGAAAGAGGGAAAGGGCAGCAGACUGGUGAAAUAAAAGAGGGAAAAUGAAGAAGAAGGAAUGGAAAAGGAGGAAAGGUGGACAGAGGGCAGAAAUUGUAGACAGAGUAGGAAAAUGCAGGAGAAAAUAGACCUAAAGGAUCGUGGAUGGAGGAGUGAAAGGUGAGGAGAAAAGGAAAGAGAAAUGAUGGAGAAGAAGCCCGGGAAAAAUAUCGACACGAAAGAAAAGGUGGGGAUGAAGAGAUGACACAAACCAGACAAAACACAAUGGAGGCAGAAGAAGAAAACAUUCAUGAUAUGGACAGAAGACAACAGAAAAAGGGUGGGGAAAGGUGGAGAGAAACAAAGUAUGAUGUUCUAGAUGGUGAAAGAAAGGACCAGAGAAGGAUGAGGAAGGAAAAUGUCACCGGAGAACAAAAUAAGGAGCAGACCAAAUGAGAAAAAGGGGAGAGGAAGGUGAAAAACAGUUCUAGAAAACAGAACAAACAAUUGAGAAGAGUACAGGCAUUGUAGACGAGAGAGGGAGGAGGACCAGUACUCGAGCAAAAAGGGUCAAAGAGUGUCAGAGAAAAGGUGGGACAAAUAUAAGGUUAAGAGGAAAAAAAGAGAAAAUAAAAGGUAGAGGGAGAAAGGGGGGGCAGAGUGAUGGGAAUGAGACACGAAGGAGACAAGGAACCACACUGACACAGUGAAAAAGGCAACAAUCAGGACAAAAAAGCAAAAAGCUUUCAGAAAUCAGAAAAAAAUGAGACAAAGAAGAUAAAGAACAGUGGAGGGAGGAGAAGAGAACAUUUAUUAUCUGAGUGAAAAAAGAGGGUGAAAGAGAAAAGAAGCUGUAGUCAGAGGAGGAGAGAAGGUAACUGAAACUAAAAGAAGGAAAAUGGUUGAUAACGGAGGAGAGAGAAAGCAAAAACAAUGGUGGGAGUGAUAAAUAAGGAGGAGAGAUGUUUAGACAAAAUGGGGAGGGAGACAAAAUUUAUAGAGAGUAAAGAUGGAGACAAAAAGAGAGGAGACAGAAAAAAGGCAGGGGUGAGAGGAAAAAAGUUUCAGAGAGAUGAAGAGAAAAAGAAAGAGUAGAAGUGCUGAAGACAAAGAGAGGAGAGGAAGAGAGAGGAGAGGAGAGGAGUAAUCGGGAAGAGACAGAAAGGAGAUCUGUGCUGCUCUGCUGGGCUUUCUCAGCCUGUCUCUGAGAGGCACAGAUGCAUGAGGGCUUCCUGUAAAUAAUUGAAGAGGGGGAGUCCCCCCCUACACACACAUACACACUCACAUACACACAUACACACACACUUACACACACUCUGUAGAACAAGAAAUCCCCUCUAAAGCUGUGUUCAAGGAAAGUGAGGCUGUUCCAUCGUGCUCCAGCUCUGUGACUGAUUUGCAGGCGGCUAUAUGAUAACAAAUGUAUAAAUUACAUACUGCAGCUCAGAUUUAUCAUGACGCUUCGCUAUAAUUGGCUGCCGCAGAUUUCUCGACAGGUGUAGUGUGGUGUAGUGUGUGCGGAAAGGCUGAAGCGACGGUGCCAGAGGAGAUGCUCAUUAAACAUUACGAUGGUGCUAUUACAGCUUUGUUUUAUCCUGGGCUGAACCUGGGCAGUUACCUUACAUUCACGCUGGCUGAGCCGCUUAUUUAUCAGACUCAGUUUGAAUUAUAUUCCUUCAUGACAGGUUAGUUAUUAUGGAAGUGUCAGGGAGUCGAUACAAAGCAGAUUAUAGUCCACUAACCUACACUAAAAAUGUCAGCAGUGUUUGCUGUAAUAUUUCACAGACAUUCCAGCCUGUAUGUUAACCUACAGAUAUCAGCACCUCCCUGUGACCGAGGAUCACGGACCUUUUUGUUGUACUAUGUAAAGAUCAUAAUGGAGAAUGGUCACAGGUUUUAUUAGUAACACAGAUGUUUCAGCACAAUGAAAUGACCCUUCGCUCCUGCUAAAAACACAUUGUUGAGUGAGAACAUUUGAAGCGCACCAUGACUCCCCUGUCGUCGUUGUUAUCGGAACAAAAUGUUCUGAAAAAUAGACACAGUUUAAAAAUGUGAUUGAAGGGGAAACCUAAUUAUAUUUAAUUGAAUGAAGUCAUUUUAGUGGAUUUGAUUUGUGUGUGUGCUCAAAAGGACAAAAAUCCAAGUUUUAUAUCCGCAUAGAACAAGGUCUUGUAAGGGCCUUACUAUUUAUCAUUGCUUCUUACAAGGACUUGAAUACAGAGUGUCAUUAAAAACAAAACUUAAGGUGACACCUCAAAAUGCAUCAAUAAAAAAUUGACGUCCAAAAUUAUCGCACGAAAAAAACGCUCCCAGUGUCUAAGGACCUUUACUUAACUGUCUCUCUAAUCACCCUAUUUACUACUCUUUUUGAAUGAAAACAAUCAUAUAAUCCAUUUAGAAUAAUUAUAAUCUUAUCAAUGACUUUUACACUCCUUAGAUGGUAUUAUUUGGAUCCACCCUGCCAAUACUGGACAGUGAUUUUUUUUAACUUUAAAAAACUGUGACUGAGAGAAAACAAACAUUUUGGCCCUUUUUGUUAUUUAAUUUAAUCUUAUUCACUUAAUAAAACACUCACUAUUCUCUGCCAGAAGGGUUGUCCGUGAAUAUGCUGCAGUAUGCACACACACAGAGUGACAGCUGUCUCAUAUUUUUGAUCCUCCACAGGUUCAGGCUCUUUCAGUAAAUCUCUGCAUCAUUUCUCAUGACUGGACAAAACUGUUGCUCCAGGAAACACUCUUUGUUUAUCUUUGAGGUCGAUGCUUUUCCGCUUCUACUGAUGAAAAAGUUUCAGAUUCUGGUUUAACCAGGCGGUCAGUUGUUAUUUGACAUAUGAGCUGAUGGUUCAGUUUAUCAUAUAGACCAGUGGUUCUCAAGUCCAGUCCUUGAGGCCCACUGUUCUGUCCACACCUGAUUCAAAUGAUCACCUCGUUAACAGAGCUUAAUAACGAGCUGAUCGUUUGAAUCAGGUGUGUUGGAGCAGGGAAACAUCCAGAACAUGCAGGACAGUGGGCCUCGAGGACUGGACUUGAGAACCGCUGAUAUAGACUGUAAAGAUUAAAGGUUGAAUCUCUAAAUUAAUCUGACACUCAAAUAUAAUUCCUGUUUAAUUCAAUACAAAUAUCCUAAACUCCAAAUUGAUGUGCUUCUUUUCUUGCCAGUGACUUAUUUCUGGAUUAGAGUUCAUUCUUCUCCGUAUUCUGGUUGGAUGAAACAGAGUGAUGUUAAUAUUUGUGGUGCCUUUUAUCUACAUUUCUGUCCCGUCUCUGGAGCUUUAUCCUGUUCCAUUUACGCAGCUCUGCUCUCACUUUGAAUCUUUAUCCUUUUAUUGAAAAUUCUUAAUGAUAUGCUGCAAACUUAGUUAUACAUGGGAGAACUCUCUUAUUAAUCCCAGAUCUCGAGCAGCUGGCAGUGUGUGGUUGAGCGUGAACGUGUGGCGCGUGCGCGUGUGUGGGUUUUGGGCGUGCGCGUGUGUAUAGCCAACAGAUGGCACAGUGUGCAAUGAGCUGCUACGUGAUAAUUAUGGAGCAUGCUGGGGGAAAGUGGGAAAAAAGUGCUGAUGAGUUUAGAGCUGUGUGUGUGAAUGAGACCAGAGUGGUGAGUGUUGGCAUGGCGUGUGUGUGUGUGUGGAUGUGUGGAUGUGUGUGGGUUUGUACCACGGUGUUGGGGUUGGUGUGGGUGUGAAGAUGUCAGCUGGGAGGUGAGACGGGAAAUUGACUUUUUUAGUCGGAAUGUUGCCGGCUUCCUGUAACACACCAGAAGUUCUGCUACUCCUACCGUUAUUAUUAACUUUCCCUGAUGCUUCUGUAUGAGUAGAGCGAGAGGGAUGACAAAUAGGUCUUGUAUUAGCGGUAUAAAAAUGACAUUACAUAAUCCUCUAAAGGGACGUGUAAUCAUAUGAAGCAUUUUCUGCAGGAUAAAAUUGGUGCAACUGUUGAUUUGGUCGUGAAAUCAUUACUGAGGCUUGUUUUCAGCGGCUGUACCCCCUGAAAUCUGCUCGUUUUUGACAUCUGAAUAGUGCUGGCCGUCCAGCAGCCAAGAUUAGAAAUGGAAACGUAUUCCGUCAUGCCAGCUCCUGUGACUCAGACUAUUAGAGUCUCAGUCUGUCUGCUCGAGAGGACCCUGGAGUCUGAACAGCAUCUUUCCGAGUCUAAACUUUUCAUCCUUUGUGUCUUCUAAUCAAUCUUUUCCCUUUUUCUCCUUUCUUCUUCAGGUCAUAGAAACAUCCUAAAGACCGCUCAGGGUCCAUUAAUUAGAGCUGGCCCUCGUUAGAAGCUUCAAAUAGAAAUUGGAAGGAAAAAAAACACUCAAAUCUGAACAAAAAUACAUGCAGGGUGAACAGAGACUCAGAAAACUGCUUUACAGAACAUAAAAUGAUAACAGAUUAACUACUGCAAGGUCCAAAUCUUGGUCAAGAGUUGCCGUUUUCAGUUCGAGGUCGGAGGUUAUUGUUGUGUCACACUGAAACGCUCAAGGAGCAGAUGAAGAGGACUGCAGUGGAAAAACAGCCUUUUAACAAAGUUUCUCUAAGUCAGACUUUUUAAUAACAAAUACAGGCGAAAUUAAGACAUACAUAGCACUUCUAUUUUCACGUUUUGCUUUAACUUAAUUUGACUAAAAAUGCACAAAAUAUUGAAGAUCAAAUAGAACUCAUGGAGUUAGUAGUAUUAGUAUUGUCCUUGAUGAAUUUUGGAUGGGGCCUUUCUAUCCAAAGUCUUCAUGUCCUUACACAACAGGGCCGACGCGAAUAUAGAACAGAGGUGAAUUUUGACACACCUGACUAUACACAUCAAGCCCGAUGACGUUUCCGACUUUUCUAGCCAAUCAGAGGCGAAGGAGGCGGGACUUUCCCCCAGAAAAGCCUUCCCCGAGAUGCGUCUUUUCCCCCCGGAAAAUCGCAUUGGGCUUGAUGUGUUUGGUCAGGCGCGUCAAAAUUCACCUCAGAAUAUUUUGUGAUUUUACGUUCUAUAUCCGUGUCGGCCCCGGUGUGUAAGGACCUUAAGAAUGACUGCAGACUGAAUGCAAUUUCACAGAGAAUUGUGUGGUGACAUCUUAACAAAUUUGAAACCAACAAAUCCAUACAGUCCCCCUAUAAGAAAUAAGUUAUGCUGAAUGUAGGAGGUGCAAUAGCAUUCCUCUUUUUCUGUGUUGUAUUACAGCUUUGUUUUGUGUUGUACCAGAUAGUGUGAUGUGUUAACCACAGCAAAUUAUGCAGAUGCUUCAGUGAUUACUGGACACACAAAUACAACCUGAUAGUUCUCUUAAAGAUUCAGGACAUAAAUCUGGUUUGUCUGCAGUUUAUACUCAGCCUCAGUCAGUAACGUAUUACAAAUGCAGCCUUCUAAUAAAUUGCCCUGAAACCACUGCGUUGGCAGAAUAAAGUGUUAGCAUUUCACUGAAGCUCUGUUUCUCACACUGUCCUGAAGAAACACCUGUGUCAUGAGCUGUUGCUCCUGCUCUAACACACCUGAUCCUAUUACAUCCCACACAUUUUCAUAACAGGGUAAUUGGAUCAGGUGUGCAGUUCUGGAGCGGUUUAGGAUGGCGGUGGUGUUCCUUACAACCCUGAGAGCGCCGCUGUGAUUGGAGUCAGAUUCUCUCUUUGAUUCUGGGCUGGAGGACAUCCUUUCAAGUCCCCCUCUCAAAGCAGCCUUUUCACUUUUUUUUGUUUCCAUGCGCCAACACUCCUCCUUUUCCUUCUUCUCCGUGGGCUUCUUUUCUUUAGAAUGAUUUGUUUACCCACAAUUCCCCUGGGUAAUUAGUGCUGUGAUAAUAACUGGUGUUGGAAACAAACACACCCACUCGCUGAGCAGUGCACACAAACACAAACACACACAUGUACAAACACAAUGGGAUGAAAAACAACUUUCUUGAGCUUAGUCGCAUUAAACAUUGUUAUAAGGGAAGCCGCUGAGCCCCACUUUAAAAGAGGAGGGACAAAUGCGAACCAUGAUUCUCUAAAAACACGUCUAUUUUUAUAUUUAACACACUUAGUGUUGGUUUUCCAUAAACUAACAUUAAUCUGGGUGGUAUCCAACUGUGAAUAAGCCUGGAAAGAUUUGGUCAUAAUGUUAGAUAUUCACAUUACUUGUCAGGAAUUCCUGAUUCUUUCUAAGAUAGAAUUUAAAGGUCCCUUAAGAUCCUUACACACCGGAAAUGACGCAAAUAUAUGACACAAAAUUACGAAAUAUCCGGAUGCAAUUUUGCGACUUUCCAGGGGAAAAAAAGACGCGUCCCGGUUGGAAGCGAGAAGACUGACACAAUAGCAGACUUGCAGAUAGUCCACUGUAGUUGCAAGACAACCAAAUGUAAGACUGAACGAUGAUCUUGUAUGUCUGCAAGACUAUCUUGUACAGAUUUAUGUCGCUGCCAAGCAUAUGAAAAUGCUUCAAAGGAAACAGAAGAAAGAGCUGUAUGGGAUGAUUGCUUUUAUUACACAGUAGGUUGUGUCAUUUUUAUGUAUGAAACAUAAGCUUUUAGCUAAAUUUACUGUAUAUAUUUCAGUUGUGAAAACGUCUCAACUCAAGUGAUUUGCACCCAGCACAAAUCACUUGAGUUGAGACGUUGUCUUCAAGAAAUUUGCUACAUUUCAUAAUCUGGAUUCACUUAUGCGUAUACUAAGGCACCAAUAACUGUUUUAGAUGUUAAGUAGAUGUAUUUAUGACAUUUGGGAAGGUUUUGUCUUGCCAGAAUCAACAUAGCAGUUUCUACAAGCAAAAACAGCAGCACCAUAUAAUUGUUAUUUGGGUUACUCACAUAAACAUUUCUGGCUGGUAAUUUUGAUGAAAAAUGCCAUUAUCAAAGGCCUACAGUAUAUUUCAUUUUAUUCUCAGAAUAUCAUUAUUUGUGGUCUUGAUAAUUAUAGUCAAUAGCUCAAAAAAAAAAAAAGAAAAAAAAGAAACACGUCUCACAAACAGAAUAAUACCCUUCAGAACAUGUAACCACAAUCAUGGGGAAUACCGCUGACUUGACAGUUGUCCAGAAGACCAUAACUGACUCCCUCCACAAGGAGGAUAAGACACAGAAGGUCAUCGCUGAAAAGGCUUGCUGUUCACAGAGUGCUGUUUUGAAGCAUGUAACACCUGCUUACAGAACAGAAAGUACUGGAAAGUUGACUGAAGAGGAACGUGGAAGAAAAAAGGUUCACAAGCAACAGGGAUGAGCGCGACACUGAGAGGAUUAUCAAGAACUUUGGGGAUCUUCAAAAGAAACGGACUGAGACUGGAGUCAGAACAUCAAGAGCUACUUCACACAGACAUCUUCAGAAAAGACACUAAAACUGUGGUAUUCCCAAUAUCAAAAUCCUGAACAAGAGAUACCAUCAGAAGAGUCUUACCUGGGCUGAGAAGAAAAAGAACUGGACUGUUGCUCUGUGGUCCAUAGUCCUGUCUCCUGAUAGGAGAGCGAAGAGACACAUAAUCCAAGGAAGGUGCUUUGACAAACAAAACUUAAUCUUAGCAAACUGGUGGAAAAGGCUGGCUCUGAGGUAGAAUCAUAGACUGUAUAUACUAUGGACAACUUGGUUCCGCCUCCCGCCUGUAUACGGAUUUGAAGCCAAAAAGCUCUCAGUAUUUUCGGGAUUUUUCUUCAUUUCCUGAAACCUGCGCUCUGCAGUAGCGAUGCGCGCAUUCGGCCACGCAGUCGCCGAGAGUCACUGUGAUGACAAACUCAGAUGACAAACAGUGUAUCCUCCGGGAGAGCUACGCAAUCCCUGUACGCCCAUGGGCUGUAUCAGGUGUCAAUCAUGGAAAACAUGAACCAGUCUUAUAGUAACUACAUCAGCCCGUCAACAGAGGGUGCUGUUCUCGGAGUGGCUUCACCCAGCGAGGAGACGGACUCCGUCCAUUCUACAUACAGUCUAUGGGUAGGACUCAAGCUGGACUCAGUGGAGGAUGUAGUGGAGAGAUCUACACUGAGGAAGGUGGAGACUAUUCUCAAGAACAUGGAUCAUCCACUUCACAACACCUUGAUGGACCAAAGGGCCAAUGGUGGUGGACGGCUCCUCAGAAGAUCUUUUGUACCAACAGCCAUCAGGCUUUAUAACUCUUAUGUAAAUAAUAGAUAACUUUUAUAGACAUAUUAGGUGAGACAACAGACAAUUGAAUUUCCCUCCGGGGAUUGAUUAAGUUAUUCUUAUUCUUAUUCUUAAGUCCAGUGAUCUGGGGUGCCAUGUCAUCUACUGCUGUUGGUCUACUGUGUUUCAUUGAAUCCAAAAUCACCAGGUGGUUCCAUUAUCCAGCAGGAUUUUGUGCCUGCCCACAGCGCCAAAACUACCAGAAACUGUUUUGAAACAUGAUGUUACUGUGCUUGACUGACCUGAACCCCAUAAAGAAUCUGUGGGAUAUUUAUCGAGAGAAAAUGAGAAACAACCCACACAAAAAUACAGACCAGCUGAAGGAUCUAUCCAAACUGGUCUUAAAUAACACUAAAGUAAAGUGCUCCACUGAUGCAGCAAAGUAUUUAGUGCGUAAAUGAACCCACUUUUUAGAAGUUUAACAUUUCUAAAUGUUAAAUCCUUUUUUGGUUGAUUUUAUAAUGGUCCUGUGGUCCUUAUAAUUCAAAAUACUUGAGUCAUGGUUAUCAUGAGCUAAUCAACUUUUUCUCUUUACAUCUCGUAAAUAGAAAGAAUAUGAAGGUAGACCUUUACGAGUUAUGGAACAAAGAGCUUUUCUUCUGUAUUCUAAUGUCAACACUCAGAGCUGGUGUUUUUAUUUCAACCAUGUCGAUCUCUGUUGUGUGUGGACCUUGUAAACUCAGCCACAUUUCUCCUUUUUCUUUGAGGAGGAUUUUAAAAAAUUGAUGACUUUACAAGCAUGAUGCGCAUUUCAAAAGCUGCUGAACUUGAAUCUUGGUGAGAAUUUCUUUCUUUGUAGUGACGCCAACGCCGAAGAAAAUACACUGACGAGAGUUUCAUGGUGUGACUUUUUAAUUUCUGAGCUCCACAGCUGUGAAAAUAUCCAAGCACAAAAGAGACACUUGUAUUUGUUGUUUACCAGAUUUCCACUGUCUUUGUCUGGACCUAUUGUUCUCAUUUUUCCCUUUCAUAAUGUCAGUCUAGGUCACUUGUAGAGUAGCUCUGAAUGAGUGUCAGCUGAAAAAGUCCUUUAUUUUAUACCCAUCAACCACUGCAAACUUAAUUUUUAAAAAUGUAAGAUAAGUGAGAUUAGGGUAACUUUUUUGCAAGUCAUCACCAAACAGCAUAUUUUGUCUUUCAAUUUGAGGAUUCAAUCGAUGUUUGGAUCAGAAAGAAUCAAAGACUGUCCAUAAAGCUGUACCCCUUGACACAAAUUCCUGACAUUGUCCAGAUGAUAUCAGGACCGUCAUGUUCUGAUAUUUUUAGAAAAUCGCCGUCAUGCACCUCACAAGAAGAAGUUUUCUCUGUCCAAUUUAACUCCUUUACAUCCUCCUGACUUUUGCCUGCUGCUUUCAUCGCUACUUCACUUCAACUUGAGAAAAAGUCAGGAUGAGAGAUUCCUUCAUCCAUAUAGCCAUCAAGGAUCCAUCCAUUUUCUACCGCUUAUUCCCGUUCUCGGGGUCGCAGGGGGGCUGGAGCCUAUCCCAGCAUCUUUGGGCGAAGGCAGGGGACACCCUGGACAAGUCGCCAGUUCAUCGCAGGGCUGACAUGUAGAGACGAACAACCAUCCUUGCUCAAUUUGAAAGUGGCCAAUUAACCUAACCCCACUUAGGCAUGUUUUUGGGAUGUGGGAGGAAACCGGAGUACCCAGAGUAAACCCACACAGACACAGAGAGAACAUGCAAACUUCACACAGAAACGCCCUGAGCCGGAUUCAAACUCAGGACCUUCUUGCUGUGAGGCGACAGUGCUGACCACUACACCACUGUGCCGCCCAUCUACACCACUGUGCCACCAAGAAUAAUGUCAGGAAUUUUUCAGGUGAUAAAUGCAAGUGUGAGAUCAUUUCUCUCCCUAGUGCAAUUUUUUUCCCCUCAGUUUCUCCUCCAACAGUCUAAAGGCAUUUUAGGUUUCACUUUAUCUAAACAUUGGACAGAUGUUUUGUAUCCUAACGAGCCACAAUUAUAUGUACCCCAAAGUAACCACAAAAGUCAGACACAUUUAGCAGUGUGUGCUGUGGAAUUUAUUCUUCAGCUUUCUUCGAAGUUAAAGCAAGCAACCCACAGCUGUGUUUCAAACUUGUGGAAGAGGACACAAACAGCCCUGUUUUGAAGAGGCUAAAGGAGGCUUUGGUAUCACUGUGAGUGUGUGUGUGUGUGUGUGUGUGUGGCGCGGGGGGACUCUGGUGUUAUGGCACAGCCCGGUGUGAAUCUUUCUGUCGGCAGUCAAUCAGUCUGUCUUCAGCCCGUGAGGCUGCAGAGUCAGAUCUUGGAACUUGAACUUGUGGCCUCACAGUCAUUCAGCAGCUGCCCCGGUCAGUGACGCCUGAACUCUGUGACUUCCCUCGGAGUGUAGUGGGAUGUGAAUCAUGCAGCUAAGUUCAAAUGACAUGUUUGUGUUUGUCUGUAGAUUAAAAUUCGUAAACCAUAGAUUUUUGUUGGAUAAAUUUAGCCUUCAGCAGCUCUGGUUGAGCAGCUUUGAGUGUUUGAGUUUCUUAUCUUAGCUCUUUAAUGGAAAAGGGACAAAGUGCUGCCUGUAUCAAUCUAGUGUGUUUUGGAACAACAUGUUAAUGGGCUCUGCUCUAUCUGAUGGCAGCUGCCGGGGAAAAAAAAACUGCUGCUUUUCUGGUAGGCAAGGACACACAAAUGUUACGUGCAUGUCAUUCAAAAGAUAACAAUGUGCAUGCAUGUUUGCAGGCUGUUCACUUUCAAUGAAUCUCUGCAGAGAAACGACAGCGAGGAGAAAAAGGAGAGAAAUACAAAGAUAAGCGAGGGGAGAGAGGGAGAGAAUCCCCUGCUGUUUUUCCAAUCAGGAGGCGUCGUUCUCCUCACUGGGUGAUUUAUUCUCCCUCUUCUCCUUCAUGUCCCAAUUUCAAAACACCCCACCCUCCGUUUCUUUCAUUCAUCCUUUCUCCCUGUCUCCCUGUCUCCUUUCUGUGGGCAGCUUGUGAAAGCAGCUAUUUAGAAAUAACGACAGAAACACAUUCAGCUGGGCAGUGUUGGUAAAGUGACUCACCUGAAAGAAGAGUGAGGUUUUCAUCUUUACAGUGCACCUCUUCUCCCCAAAUUCGGUCCAAAAUAAAUCUGCAGGCCGGGCUGGAAGAUGCCUCGACAUCAAACAUCUUUUAUUUUAAAAGCAGCAUUAAAUGAUGUAUGACCUCACUGGCCUGCAUUAAUAAGUGUCUGGCACUGCUCUGAGGAUCAUCUUCCCUAACAAAUGAAUAAUGAAACUGAGGUGCAGGUCAAGACUCACUAUAUUAUUAACUUAAUUUAAUCCUAGAACAAAAAUAUGAAGCUUUAUAGAGACCAAGCACACAGCUGAAGGACGAGUCCAGUAUUUUGAAGCCAGGGCUUUAUUUUUUCAUCAUUUUUUUGUGUUAAUAUCCUUGACACAUUUUUUAUGUGUUCAUAUUGUUUCUGCCUGCAGCCAUGAAUCAGUCUGUAAUGAAAUCCUUGGGGGUAAUUUCAAUCAAAGUACAUUGCUUGUUUUUGUGACUUAGAGCUGGGCAUACAUCUGAGUUUUUAAUCACGCCACUGCUCUUUACAUUAGACCAGUUUUAGCUGAAUGGGGGAUCAUUUGUACGCAAAUGCGGAACAGUUCCUGGCGGAAGGCGGAAGCACAAUGCUUAUAGUUGCCUAUCCGUUACAAUCCUUAUAACAUCAUUUUAAUAUUUAAAACACUUGAUAAUGUUGAAAUAAGAUUAAAAAAAGAAAAACACUUUAAUAUUAAAAAGACAACAUGAAAAUAACAUGUUGCACUACGAAAAGAAAAAAAAAACACAAAGAAUGAAAGAAAAUGUUUUACUCAAAGCUGUACUCCUGAAUUAUUUUGCUUUUUAACGCUUUUUUAAAUAUUACCUGUGAGUUACACAAUUUUAACCCAUCGUUAAGGUUGAAUUAUGUGGUACUGAGUUUUCCUGGUUACACCACAUUGACAUCUUUCUCAUUAUUCCUUAAAUAUUCUCUCAAAAUGGAUAAAAUCCAGAAAUUUUAGACAAGGUCUUCAAAAAGAGAACGUAUCCAAGUUAUUAGUGAGUUCAUUUUUUAAUUUUGGUCUUUUUAAAUUUAAUUAAACCAUGGGGAAAAAAAACAAAAAACAAAACUGUGUCACGUCAUUGACCCAUAGUUACUGGCUAUAGUUAAGAGUCAAUUUUGAAAAAUUGAAUGGAAUAAUGCUCUUUGGUUUUACUUCUGACAGAAAUAUCAGCCAUGCUCUGAAAUGUGUAGCACAACCCAAUGUAUUAGUCUUUUUCCUCAUUUUAUUACAAAUUCAUCGACAACAUGUCUCUAGAUAAGAUAAACACAUAUAUUACAUUUAAAUUUGCUUGGAAUGAUGGAUUUCUACAUUAUUGUAAUUUAUUUAUUUUUUUGAUUAUUACAGGAUAGAAAUCCAAAAGUCCCUUGACAAUAUUUGACUAAAACUGUUAUCAGUUAACUAUAAACUAGAGCAGUAUGUUAAAACCUGAGAUACUUUUCCUCAAAGAUCUGACCUGCUCAUAAGAAGUUAAGAGAGCAAAGUGGUUGUGCCAUUUUGCUUCUGUGCACACUAAACAUACACAAAUGAGAGUUAGUGUUUUAUACACACAUAUCACACAUUUGUCAAUGCAUGGAUUAUUGUUAAAUCCACAAGAACAACUAAACUGCACCACACUUCAUUCACUGGUGGUCGACCGAUUACAGAUGAUGGCCAUUAAAUGAUGCCAAUAUUUAAAUUUUGGUUUUUUUAUAUAUUUGACAAAAUACAUACAAUUUAAUGUUAGUUACAAAUGAGUUGCUUAACCUGCAAAAGACAGACCUCUCUGUUAAGAAAGUAAAUCUUCAAGCAAAAACAGAAGUCUUUUCAAAGCUGCUACACCGGACAGACAAAAGCAGUAAUUUUACUGCUCAUGGGGAGAAAGUUUCAGGUCUACCAUUGUCUCGAUCAGCAAGUUACACAACAAUUUCUGACACAAAAAUGUUCAGUUCUGUAUUCUUCAAGUUAAAAUGACUGUUUUUGUCCAAAAAGUGUGUCGGCCUUGAAGUGAAAGAAAGCCGCUCUUUCUUCCUUAACAAAAACGGUCUGCCUCCAUGUGGGUUAUUUUGAUCAUCUGUCAGGCACUUGAAACAAUAAUCUGAGUCUAAAUAUUUCAGUGGACAAAAAGAAGCCGCUCCAUAAUCUUUUAGGUGAAUUAAACCCUUAAAUCUGUAAAAUUGUAAUUCCCCUUUAAUACAGAUCAAAUCCAAGCUUAUCAAAGGAGAACAUUUCAUUUGUGUUGUUGUAUCUGGGUGUCUGACAGCGCCAAUAAAUAGAGCGUCCAUUCAUUAAAACCUGUCUUGUUCGUUUAGUCACAUUUCAUAUCCCAGAAAGCCCUCCUGCACCUCCCUCCAUUCAUCCCCCAGAGCCACAAGUGUGUGUCUGAGUGUGCGUCUGAGUGUGAGUGUGUGUGUGUCAGAGUCUGAUCCCUGCACAGCUGGUGCCACCCAGCCCAGCCUGCCUCUGAGAAGUGUCAUUCAUGUUAGCAGGAGUGGUUAUGUUUUAGCAUGAGCCAUGGCACAUCAUAUGUAAAAUUAUCGAUUCAAGUGUUUGGGUGUGUAUUCUCUCUCUUCGCUUCACACACACACACAUGCACACUCUCUCACAGCCCACCCACCCACUGACACUGACCCCUCCCUCUCAGCGCUGGUUGGUUGCCAUCGCUACAGUGUCGCUUCUCUUCCUCAUGUUGCUAUGAGACUCGGACCGACAGACCUGAGCUGAAUGACAAUGUGUCUGAGGCCCACAUCAGCCAAUAAGAGGCGGUCUAGACAAACACUUUCCAAUCUGGGAUCUGGGGACCUCGGGGUGAUUGUUUGGGUUGGCAGGAGCCUCCUCAGCCGUCUGAGGAGGGGUUUAUUAUUAACUCCACUUUUUAAUUUCCUCAGCAAUCAUUGCUACAAGAAAAAGUGUCCUUCGUUUAAAGCCUAAAUGAUAAUCAGGUCCUUUAAUGAAAUCGGAGUUUGAUAAAAAAUGACAGGGAGAUUCUUGUUAGACAAGACAAGAUAUGAUUUGUAUGAGUAGCAAUUACGUAGGGAUAGUUAAAGCUGUAUUAAUCUUUUUUUUUCUUUACAUCAACUUUGGAUUAAUGACUAACUGUGAUAUCGAAAGUAAAGCUGUGACGCCUUAACAGUGGGAAAAGUGGAAGUGUUUGUGUAGGGCCUGACUGAUAUGGGUUUUUUAGGGCCGAUACCGAUUAUUUUGGGGGUCCGAUUACUGAUUAAUUGGCCAAUUUUUAAAAUUUUGUAAGAGUUUAUAAAAAAUAUAUAUACUGUAGAUAUCUACAGUCUAUCUACAGAUAUCUACAAAAAGACGCUGCCGGUGUGUAAGGACCUUUAAAGCCACCUUUUUUCUCUGAUCUGAUUCUUCUGUCCUCUAUCUUCCAAGAACACGAGAAGCCCUGAAUCCUGACACUUGCCUACCAUAGUGCCAUCGCCAGUAUCUAAUGCAUUAGAUUGGGCAUAAUUUGUCUGAAAAGACUGUAAGAUUAGUUAUCUUUUUCUGUUGAUGUCAUGAUGUUCAGAACACUUUCAGCCAUGAUCAUUAAUGGUUUUGGAUCAGUGGCGAUUGCUCUAAGACUGCAAGGGAAGCUCGGCUUCCCUUAAAAUGUCACCCCCCAAAAAAAAGAAAAAGUGGUGAAAUACGUACGGCUGUGUGUACAUUUCAUUAACUAAAUACGCACUAGAAAGCCUUCAACUUUUGUUCAGACACUGUGAUAAGAAGCUGAUAAUCACAGGUAACCGGCAUAACUUCGUUCUCAUUCAUCCUCGCAGCGCCUCAGCGCUUUAAACAGCCGGACGCUGGGCUUCUGCUGACUUCAAUGUGGAAGCUUAAAGUGGGUUGUUCCAGCAGCGAAACUAGACGCUCAUUGGAUAAAUGCUGGGCUUUGUCCCGCCCAUCGGAAGCCCAGCUUCACUGGAGUUCAAUGGCGAGAGGGCGGUCCCGACUUUCUCCCGGACUCCAAGCUUCUGCAUCCAUGAUUGGAUGAGCUGUCUGAGCCGAAAUCCUUUUUUGAUUGACAGCUAAACAAGCGAAUCAGCGAUCUUGAAGAAUAAAACAUCUACCAGAGCAUUUUCCAAGUUAUUCAUUCCGUUGUUCUUAACUUCUCCGGAGACUUUACCGAUCCUCAGCGACUUUUGUCUUUGUUAAAAACGACUGCCGUUGUGUUUGGCGACUCUGUUCUGUUACACACUAAUAAACAAAUACAAUUAUGAUGUAGGCCAGAAAAAUGAGCUUCCCCUCCUUGAAAGACCAGCAGCCGCCACUGUUUUGGAUGUAAAGUCUGCUGAGAUAUUGCUGCUCCCCGAUCCAGUCGAACAAAUUUCUCCAGUUUUUUUCCAGACUGUCUUGAUUUCGACCUUUCCAAACGAAAAAUGUUUUGUGUGGAGCUCUUUUUUUCCCCUUGCUAUGACUCACUAGGAAGGACGAUUUCUCACCCAGUGAGAAUAACACCUUGACUUGGUGCUGAAAUAUGCUCUACUGGAAGUGUGGGUAAACCACAGUGAGAGUUCUAAAGCUGAUGGCUGGGAGGGGUGAAGGUCUUCAAGCUUCGUGUCAUUAAAAUCAGUCUGUUUUUGAUAUGUUUAGUUUGUUGUUCUUGUGCAUACAGAGGAGGUGUCAGAGGGAGGAAUGACAUGAAUUAGAGUAAUACAUGAGUCAGACUGUGUUGUGCUGCUCCUCCCCGGCUGUUUGGUUGGCAGUUUUUAUUUCAUACAUCAGAGAAAUCAGAGAAAUCACUCUGGUUUUGAAGCAUCAAGGCAUUAGAUUCUUGGGGCUAUUACAAUACCAGUAUCAAUAUAACUUUAUUCAGAUGAAAAUAAACAAAUUUGCAUUGAUCUAUUUUUUUAAUAAAUAAUAUUAUUUUGUCCUUUUAGAAGGGUCAGUUUUCAGUUUUGAAGCUAUCACGGUCGUGGGUGUAUUAAAUCAAAGUUUACUCUGCUUUUUUCAUUGGUUUUGUUUCAUGGCGUUAGGUAUUACUUUUUUAUCUCGUGUGUUUUUUAUUCUAAGUAAAAGUAACAAAUAAAGUUUAAAAAAAAAAUCUAAUUAAAUCAUAAAGUGUCCAGUUGAGAUGGUUAUUUUUUGUAAAGAUGAGGACUAACUGUUACAAAGAAAACCAUGUUAUAACUAGAAAAGCACUCGGAGAGCGCAGACCUCCGCCAAGCAGCUCAUGUCCCCCCUUAUAUUGUGAUUCACACCAAAACUUUGACUGUUCCGUGUCUUUUAUUAACUUUUAUUUGUGUUUAAACUGGUAUGUUCACUGUUCAUAAUGUUCCUAAAACAAGAAAUGCCCUGACCCGGAUUCGAACCCAGGACUUUCUUGUUGUGAGGCGACAGUGCUAACCACUACACCACUGUGCCGCCUAUCUACACCACUGUGCCGCCCAUUCAAAAUUCCAAUGACACCCUUAUUUUUGUGUGUUCUGGAUCACAGUAUCCAGAAUUUAAUGGGAUCCUCCUGGGGCUGAGACACACCUCUGGUGAAAAUUUCAGGUCAAUCCGUCUGUUACUUUCUUCGUAAAGUUGCUAACAGACAAACAAACAAACCAAUGCUACCAAAAACAUAACCUCCUUGGCAGAGGUAAAAAAUGUCAUUAUAAAGUUUCUUCAUCUGAACAGGUGCUAAUGAUCUUCUUUUGAGCUGCUUAUGCAACAACUUAUUAAGCCUGUGCUUAUUUUCUCAUACAGUAAAAGCAUUAUGUAAACAAUGGAAAUGGAAAAUGGAAAAGCUUCUCUCUCAGUCAUUUCAUGUUCAUCAAUAAAACAGGCAGACGGGUGCAAAGUGAUGCAGACUCAUUGAUAACACGCCUAAUAUUUCUGUCUCUGUUUGUCUGUUUGUCGUUGCAGGAACUGUUUACAGCAGAAUGUAAGUUUAAGGAGUCGGUGUUUGAGAACUACUAUGUCAUCUACAGCUCCAUGCUCUACAGACAGAAGGAGUCGGGCCGGGCAUGGUUUCUGGGCCUCAACAAGGAGGGGCAGGCCAUGAAGGGAAACAGGGUGAAAAAGACCAAACCAGCUGCACACUUUCUGCCUAAACCUAUAGAAGGUACUGCACACUUUUACACACAUGUCUCUGUUUUUUGAUGUGUUUGAUGAAUCAAAGAGUAAAGAGACGCGUUUUUUUCCUCUAAAUUUGUUUCUUUCUUUCUGUCAUCCACCCCUUCUUAUCCCAUUUUUCCUCCAUAUUCCCCACCCUGCCUUUCUUAAUUGGUUUACAAUUUUACCCCUCCCAAUUCCGCCCCUCCCCUGCCCAUUUUUACACCUAUUUCUCCAGUUGCGAUGUACCGAGAGCCUUCGUUGCACGACGUAGGGGAGGCGGUGCCUAAACUCGCCGUGGGCCCGCCUUCCAAAAGCACAACCAGCGAACCGGUGGUCAUGAAUGGUGGGAAACCCGUCAGCAAACCUGACAAGGAGGGAACAUAACCCCUCCCCUCUUUUUACCCUCCCCUGACCAAUCAGAGGCCGGGAAAAGACCGAAACUCUCCCCACUGCUGCACAAUCAAAAACUGCUUCAAAAGGUAAUGAAACAAAUAAGUUCUGACUGAUCAGCAGUGGGGCCACUCGUCCCAGAGCCUCACCUCUCUCCCUAUUGGAUGGAUCUAGCGUCAUGGGGGCGGGGCUAGAGGGACACAGGGCUAUGGUAGCCGUAGCGAGCAAAAGAGGAGGAAGAAGACCGUGGAUUCGGGCCAAUCCCAGUGGGAUACUCUAACACUGGGACGGUGGCGUGCCCUCAAAAGGGAGAUGAAAUGACUUCUUGAAAUCAUAAAGAAAAAAUUGGAAAACAUGUCGUCUUCACCGGUAUUUUUCUGUGACAAUCUGUAAGAAUGAGGCCCCUUCUUUUUCCUUUCCCAAUGUUUUUCUGUUUGCCGGGUAUGCUUGCUUGCUGGUAGCUACUAACACACACACGCACCCACACACAUACACAUACACAUGCACAUGCUCCCACCCACCCCGACCAAAAAUCGACCACUUGGCGUUUAUCUUGCAGUAAAUAAAGAACAGAUUAAAAAAUUAGCAAAACAGCAAACAUUGACUUACUCGAGGGUGCUUAGUCAUCAAUCAAUUAAAGAGUAAUUCUGUUUUUUUUCCCCUUGGGCGCUUAUUUAAAUAUUAUGGGGUCUGAAUGACAAAUCGCUCUGAAGAGUUUUUGGAAUGCGCCUGUCGAUUGCUUCAGCUUGCAGCCGUAGCAGUGCUCAUAUUAAGGUUCAUGGUACUUCACUGUGGUCUGGUUUCAAAGAGAAUGAUGUAACAACUAUUGCAUCUCAAUCAGUACAGAUUCCUCUUUAUUGUUUCCAGACACUUAAAGUAGCAGAACGUGUCUGGCCGGCAAAUACUAGCACUUUAAAAUGUUCCUAAAACAUCCAGAUGUGAUUGUUUCAGCAUUUACAAACGGCUCAGUCCAAACCACUUGGGCUAAAAAGAAUUAUUGUUUGCAUGCAAUGAGCUAUACAUGGUAUUAUGGCUUUAUUCUGAGAGCUCCCCACCCUUCCACUUACAUACAUGAAAUACCGAAGUCCAAGGCAAGGAGAGCACAUCUCCUCCCAUCCUCCAUUUCAUAUUUAUAUCUGGCAAGUGCCAAGGCAGAAAGAGCAGCAGAGACCAGAACAGAGCAGCCAUCUUUGAAAAAAUCUACGGGCCCAUUCACAUCACCCUCGUUUAGUUUGGUUGAACCGAAACCUGGAGCGUUUACCCCCUUGGCGCGGUUUGUUUGGGUCGGUGUGAACACUGACCUCGAACUCUGGUGCGGACCAAAUAAACGAACUCUGGUCUGCCUGAGGAGGUGGUCUCAGACCGCUAUCAAGUGAACUCUGGAGCGGUUCAUUUCUGGUGUGAACGUCAUCCAAGCCAAUCACAGGAAACGCACCACACAGACGCCGUCUCGUCUUUAUCCGUCUGUUGUUUGCAGCACGUCUACUCCAGAAUGUAUUAAUUAAUGCCGCAGUUCCCGCUCGCUGGCUAAUGAGCCGUUCAUACGCGCGAUCGCCUCCAUGACAGGCAAAGACAGCAGAGCGGGGUUUGUUUUCCCGCAUGAACAAAUGACCAAUAACCGAACGAUAUUCGCUGUCACGUGACUUUCAAUUGAGUUGUCCUUUGUGAACGCAAACCGGACCAGUUAAACAAUCAAAACAAAUAUAUCGUCUUGCCUUGGAUUCGAAUCAGGAAACGGACCUUUAGGCGUGAACACGACCUAUGAACUACUGGUAAAAAAUCUGACAUCUCAAUAGAUAGAGGGGUUCUCUUUGGUAUUUUCUGAUUGGCUGUAAGGCUGAAGCAACCUACAGAAGUAAUUAAAACUCUUGUUUGUUCAGAGUAUUAAAAAAAUAGGUUUAUAUUUUUACAUUUGUAGCAGACAUUCUGUACCAAGCAAACAUACUCCACGGCGCCCCUAAUUUACUAAGAGAGAGUCCUUAUUUAACACCUCAAAGCUCAAAGCAUGUUUGUCUUUUUUCGUGUUCCUUUAUUUUCUGUUUGUUCGGUCGAGGUAUUAUCCUGCACACAAAGCACUAGUGAUUAUCGAGAUACAUUUGUACAGGCACAAACAACUUCUACGUUCUUUAUUUAGAAGAUAUUAGUUUUCUCUCCCCGUCACAAACGCUAUAACUUCCACGUCUUGUAGCUGAAAAGGAGACGACUGAAGCAUCACUUAAAAAAAUCUGGCAUCAUGUUGCUUGAGUUAGUGUGUAGCUGAAACCUGAAGGAGUUCCACAAAUUCCCCGUUUGUAGCAUCACGGUUCGUACAGGAGGCAUGCUGGUGGCAGCAUGGUAGCAGUCAGUGUUUACAUGGAGUAGCAGAUAUUGUAACAUAAGGAGGGUCAAACCUUAAGAAUGGUGAGAAGAACAGCAGUUAUUUUUGUUUCUGUUUGCUGCCCAAAGCACUUAAGAUAAAAGGUAAGAAUGAGGGUAACAGUAUACAGGGUAAAUGAUGUUAAAGCCACUAUGUGUACAAUAAUAACUCCGACUUUGGACAGUGGAAAUUUCAGUUAGGACUUACAGACUUCUUAAACUACAUGCAUCAUUAAACUUCCAGGUGUGCCUCUGAACUGAGAGCUCCCUGCCCUUACACAUGUGGUUUGGCAAAACCAAAGGCUGAGGCUGAGAGAGAGCACAACUCUCUUCUGUUUCAUGUCCAAAAAAACUGAUACCAUGGAUCCCUUUCAUCGACCAAACCUCUGAAUCAGAGUUAAACAUUGAUACACACAUAAAGUGAUGCAAUGUACAUCGCUAGUAUUAAUCUGUUAGUUCAUUUAAAUCAUGGAGAAAAAAAAGAAUAAUUUAGUUUUCUCACUGUAGUCAUGUUUUGACCUCAGAAAGCAGUAAAAACAGAACAGAUGAGCUUACAAAUUCAAGAAGUUUUAUUAAUUGACUGAGGCAGUAAUAUUGUCCAUAAGAUGUUAAAAAGUGAUCAUUUCUCACAGAUUUUUUCCAGGAUACAUGGAUUUUAUUCCUUUUUUGGGAAUUUUGUGGAUUAUUAAUUCAAAAUGACAAGGCAUCAAGCACCAGAAUCUUAUUUGACUCUUUCUGCCAUGUUUCAGGAAACUCUCUGCCACAUUUUACAUUUAUAUGACUUAAAAAACGCUACAGCAACAACUUAUUUUCUUGACUGUAAAAGAAAGCAUUUUACAAAAAGUGGAUUUUUGGACCCUGAAGUUGGAAGUGAAAACUUCCUGAGGGCUGGUCCUGGUUCCAGUAAGGCAGACUAGGACGUUGAGAUGAACAUGCACCACAUGACCAUCAGAGUAGCUGCAGCCCUCACAACAAUCAGUCAACCAAGCUGAAUGGUUAAAACUACAAAGUUGAAGUGGUAAAACAUGGCAUAUUAUAUUCCCGAGAUCAGAGUAUCACAGGCCUUAAGAAGAUGCACUACAGAACCUCCAAAUUAUAGAUGCAGUACCAGAAUACACACACAAAGAAUACACAUAGUGGCUUUAAAUCAGCACAGUUUCCUAGUAAAUAAGGUCAGCGUAUUUAAAAAGUACCAGAAAUGUGUAUUUUAUCUUUAGAAAAUGAAAAAACACCAACAACUAAUGGCACAUAUUAUUUUCGUGUUACAUAAAUUAGUGAUCCAAUCAAAAUGAUCGAUAAUUUUCUCUUUUCUUUUAUGAGACAUGGAGAAUAACGGGGCAGAAAAUCAAAACGCCUUGUGCUGAAAUGAAACCAAAUAGAUCCCCAUGCUUUGCCCUCUCACUGUGACAGUCAACAUGGCAUCAACCUGUUCAACUUAGGCUUUUUAAAGAUGAUACCGUAACAGUCAGCUCCACGCGAAGUUCCUCUCGUAUUUUAUCAUAUCACUGAUGAGAUAUUGAUACUGUGAUCCUACUCAUGCACACAUAUAGUUAAUGCUUUUCAUCCUUGAACACAUACUGUGCAUUCCUUUUGCUUUCUCGUAAUCCUGAUUUUGAGUAAAAUAACGGCUUUGAAUUUUAAUUAGACUCUGGUAUCAGUGAAGGCCGACCUUCAACUCAAGUAAAACACGAAACAAGAGACAAAGCGGCCCUCUCCUUACAGCAACACAAGGCUGUAUGUUUAAUCCUCACAGUUUUUCUGACAUGAAAUGUUUCCAAAUCAGCUGCAUCCCCCACCGCAGCAACAGGUGUGUGUCUGUGAAGCGCUGCUGCACACAGUGAGGAGCCAAUCCAGCACGUUUCGCCGACGUCCCGCUGUGUCGUACAAAGGCUGCUCUCCACAACUGAAGAGACUGUGAAAAUAUGAGACAGCUGACAGUGUUUCUAAUUGGCAUUUCUCACAUUUGCUCCUCACAUACACCACAUGUUUGUCUCCUUCUUUGGUCUCAUUAGCUGUGUUCAAAUAUAUGUGACUGACCGGCUCGUAUUCCAUGAACUUGAAGUGUCUGUCCUUUGCAGUUUGGUGGAACUGUGUCUGAAACGAGUGAUUACAAGAAAAAAAGCAGAAUGUUAGUGAAAAAAUGUUUUGAUUCAAGAGAGAUUGGAGUAUUUGAAGUGUUUUUCUUUUUGAAGUACAUUUGAAUCUCAGCCUUACUUUUUAAUGAUGUACCUUGUGUUUUUAAUGAAUUUCAGGUGCAAAAGGCUGUAAUGGCUGCGACACAAUAUUCGGGGCCAAGUGCACCCCGAUCAAAGAUCCUUUUUCAAACCAGAAACAGCUGUUAUAUCUCUUUAUUGAAAGCCACCAGACUCCAUUAACAAAAACAGAGAUUUCACAGUGCAGAUCAGAUGAAUCACAUGUCUACUAAUGCCUUCAGCACUUUUCUUUUACUGUUUUUUGCUGUGUGUGACUUUAGUGUUGAUAAGGUUAUGUCAUUCCCAAGAUGAUAUUUGGAAAUGUUUUUAAAAACGGAACCAUUUAAUCACUGAACGGCUAUAUCUGAUUAUCUUCCUGUCUUGUUAAAGGGUCUGUCUCUGUGAGGAAUCUUUCUGUAAUGUUGUAAACAAUCUUGGCCUGUCGGUGGUUCAAUGAAAACUUUUAGGGGACGUAAUUGUCAAGAAAUCAAUUUUUUUAAACUCCGAUUGCUCCCGGAAUUUUAAUCACUGAUCAUGGUUUUUCUGUUUUCAAUUGCAUUUUUUAAUUUCAUUAUUUGUAUUUCAAAAAAAGGUUCAAAAUGUUCGCCCAGACUCAGAAUUACAUGCAGUUAUUCAGUAAUAACUUUGACGAGUACUGAUGUCCAGUUAUCCCCAGUUAAUGCAACAGAACUUAAACUUUUCAGAAGUUCCACUUUAGUUGUUUUCUCGGUUUCUCUGAUUCCAGUUUCCUCCAUAAAGGUCCUUUCACACCGGGAACGUUUUUUUACAUGUGAUUAUUUCAGAUGUCAAUAUUUGUUUUCGAACUCGUAUCCUGUCAAUACAAGCGUUCACAUCAGCAACGUUUUCCCGUCCUGCGAUAUUGCAGCAUUUAUUUUUUCGGAUCACGGUCGAUUUUUCUAAAGUUUCACAUACUGUGUGUCCACUUCUGACCAAUCAGAUUGCGUGUUGUUGCGACAUCUGAUUCACCUUGAUAUCCAACAUGGCUGACCAGCUAAUUGUUUACGUGUCGGAGAAUGGAGUGAUUUUUGUUAAAAAACACAAAUAUUGGAUGGAACGGCAAGUGAUUCAAGCAACAUGAUGGCCCAGCCUAGCCUGGCCGGGCCAUCCUGUUGCGUGAAUCACUUGAUGUUCCUUCCCACAACAUCAAGUUGUGGAACAAGGAACAUCAAGUGAUUAACGCAACAGGAUGGCCCGGCCAGGCUAGGCCCAGCCAGGCUUGAUGUGUUUAGUCAGGCGCGUCAAGAUUCUCCUCCAAAUAUUUCGUAAUAUUGCGUUCUAUAUUCGCGUCGGCUGCGGUGUGUAAGGACCUUAAGUCUUAAGCAAUUUACUAACUCCAAAAUACCCUGUUGUUUUGUGGUGCAGUUUAGUGAGCUGCAUCUGAAUGCUUUGUCCAUUGGUGGUAGUUAAAUCUCAAACUCAAAACACAGAGUGCAACAGCAUUACCUUGACGAUGCUGACAGUCCCAGUAUAUUUGCUCAAACUACAGCCCAUUCUGUAGCCUGUUAACUCUGAUUUACUUAAAAAUAAUGCCCAAUUUACAAACAAGUAACAUGUUUUGCUGCUGAUCAUCAGAAAGUCAUUUUAUUGGCGUUAUACUGUAGGUUAUUGCUGUAUGGGUGCAUCAAGGAUGGCUGCAGGUUUGUUUUAAAUCUGCAGCCAUCUUGAGCUCCAGCAGGGGAAACUAAACAUUUCCAAACUCUCGGCUUCUCUUUAGCCCUGUCUUGUCUUGUUAAAAAGUAAAAUGGGUUGAGAACAAUGAGGGAAUAUCUUUCUUUGUGCUUGUUUCAUGUCUAGGAAAUGUGGGUGUAACAUUUAUCAACUGCCUGUUGUGUCGCUUGAGGGUUACAAGAAAAACGGUUAAAAAAAAAUAAACCCUGACAAUCAGGCUGUAAACAUCUUUUAGUUUCAAAUACAUCCUGUGUUGUCUCAACUGUCUCAGACUCGGCUUUAAUUACAGUAUAGAGGACAAUGUUUGUGCUUGCCUGAGCAGCCAACAGCAGAUACAAUCAGUUACAAGAGUCUGGGAUGGCAACUGUUAUUCACUGAAUGAUUAUCAAGCUGCUAAUUUGUCCGACACUGCUGGCAGAGGGAAAAGACGAAGCAAAAGGAACCAAAUCCUCCUCUCAGAGAGGCUCCGCUUGUUAUGUUAGUGGUAGCGUCUUGUUAAAAAGCAGCUAUUGAAGAUCUGUGGCACAUUCUCAAGAUUUAAUAACGGCUGAGGCCAGAGAAAAAUGGCCUGGUUUCCUGGAUACUGACCAAAAACACUGCUACAAUAGUGUUUCCAGGCUGGUAAUCACAGUUCAAACAACGAAGGCGCAAUUACUGUCAGCGUCUCCGGAGAGAUUUCUCUCCGCUGGUGGUUAGCCAGGUACCAAGGCUACAAUUAUGAGAUUUCUAACAGCGGGUUCUGCUCAGGGAGAGAGCGGCUGAUUUAAUUAGAAGUGAGCAAUCACGACAGCCGGGGUCACUUUUAAUUUCCACAUACAAGGACCACUCAUGCUCUUCUGGCAGGUACACAUGUAGCCAUCUUACUUUGUCUUACAUGGACUGUAGCUCUGAGAUCAAACAUUGGAAGGCGCAAAAUGGACUUAGCAUUACAGGGAAAAAAAAGGCUGCUUUGACCUGGUGCACUUUAGAGACACAGGGACAUGUUGUGGUUAGCACUGUACUCUUACUGUAGCUCGUCUCCCUCAGGUUUUCUUUGCAGCUUCUUUUUUCCAUUCCUCUUUAUUCCCCUUACAAAAGACUGCCUUAUUCCAUCUGAAUCAGUGAAUGCACUCUCCUCCAAGCUGUUACUUUCUCCAAACACUCAUCCCACACAGCAGUACACACUCUUCAUCCUAUUUUACUUUCCAAUUAUGCUUAAAUCUUCUGUUCACUGUAAUUACGCUAGCUUUAGCUCUUUGCUCGUUUUGCAAUCAUGCAGCCAGAGAACUUUUAUUCCCACCUCCUCCUCCUCCUCCUCCUCCUCCUCCUCCUCCUCCUCUCUGUUUGGACUGUUUCCCACUUGUUGCAUGGUUUAAAAGAGGACAGAUGACUGGGGCUAAUGCAUGUGGUAAUGUAGGUAAUGUGUUAUCAAAACAAAACAAUCAUUUACUGCAAAGCGCCGGUGAAAUGUUGCAUCUGGCUCAUUUCUGUUGUUGGUUUGCGCUGGUCCAGCUUCAUUUUUGGAAAUUUUGACAAGGUUAGCCAAAAUACUCAAGCAAAUGAAGAAUUGAUCAAAGUCACUUCAUGUUCUUGUUGCACAAAUGCAUAAAACAGUUCAAGCAGAGCAUCAAGUCUUCAUUACAGGGGCUGAAACAAGAAAACAAAUCAUAAAACGGACAGGAGGGAAAAGUAAUUUCAUGAUUGCUGCUGCUUUUAACUACGACAGCUGGAGAGCAGGAAAUUACUCUAGAUGCUGGAAGAUUUAGAAGUAAAUGUUAGAAACUUUCCCAAAUCAAAAACCAAAAAUAAGUUUGUGAAAAUACAUUUUAGAAGAAGCUUUUUACUCUUAAAACACUGGAUAUGUUUUCGCCCUUCUCCGACGUUGGAACCCUGAGAGUUGGAUUAUAAAAGCCUCCAAAUUUUUUGUAGCCCAUCUAUUGAUGAAACUUCUAUGAAUGUAAAACUGCUCCCACUACCAGCUUGAUGAUAAUAAUUUUUGUACCGCUUAAAUCAGUCAUACACAAGUUCUCCUGGAGCACUCACCAAUCUUGUUUGAGGUUUCAGCCCAGCGCCACAUUAUCAUAGCAUCCCUGCUCACCCAGAUGGUAGCACCUCGAAAUUAAACUCUUAAAAUAAGUGUUUUUCCUAUUUUAAGGAUUUAAUGUAUAGAGGUAGAGUUACCAUAUAAGCCACAUGUUAUGGUCAUACAUGCUAUGUCCAUCCAGUGCAAACUGCCAAGUUCUGAGCCAUGGGCAAAAUGUCACCAGUGCUUACCUUAAAGGAAAUUACUCUGUCUGUCAGUCAAUGUACAGUUACACUUUACAUACAUAUUAUGCAAACAGUUUGUCUGCACUGUACAGUUUGUGUCCGAUCCAUUGUAUACACACAGAAAAUAAUGAUAUUGAAUAAAGGAUUUAUAGAAAGAAAAUACGACUGGACUGAUUUCCUGCGCUAAAUUCUCGACUCCUUUUCAUUUUUAGAUGUGGUCUCUGAGUUUAUUCAUCCAUUUAACAUUUUCACUCUGAGUUGUGUGUGUACACCUACCUGUCUCACACACCUGACGGCCG